AUGCUUCUCAAGCUGUCUUUAUUGAUACCGGUGCUGGCACUGAUUGUAGGCCAGGCACAUGGAUUCCCCAAGCCCGAGGGCACUAGAGGAGGUAGGUAUUUUAAAAGGUAAAAGGUAUAGCAUCUAUUUUAAAAGGCAUAGCCCCUAUUUUGAAACUUCCCAGUGUUGGGUAGGUGGGUCAUCUCUUCUGAUCAGUCAUUCCCGCAUAGCUGUGAGAACUGGGACACUUUAUUUUAUUUUAUUUAACCAAGUUGAUCCAGUUUCCUCUAGUGACUAUUUACAUAUUACACGCCAUUCUGUUUUGAAACCACUGCCAAGGGUCAUAGCUGAACAAGGUGGAUAAGUGUGCCAAGGUAACAAGCAAAAUGGCAUAUUUCUCUUCCACCCACCCACACCCACCCCAGAUAAUUGGAAGGAAAUGAAUGUGUAUUCUCUUUUUUUAUGCUAGAUUUUCUUCAUUCUGGAGUGUAUUCUGAGACAGCCUGAUCUGUAGUGCAGCAGUUUUCCACGUCUCUCUUUGUGGGGAUUGCUCUGAAUGUCAUAAAAUCUUUUAAGCUCUUGAUUAUUCCAAUCCGAUUAGAUUACUGCUAUUUUAGUCCAGCGCUUAUGUGAGGUUUUUCUUUUUUAUGCGUGUGUGUGUUGGUUUUCUGCUUGAGAAAACGUAGGAACAGUCCAGCGUGAAGGAGAUAUUCAAGGCUAAUUUCCUAAACAAAGGCAGGAACCAGGCAAACUGUACCCUCCUUCCUUUCUGUGACGUACAAUGUAAUCCUAUGCAUAUUUCCUCAGAAGUUCAGUGGGGCUUACCUCCUGAAAAGUAUGCAUAGGAUUACAGAUUUAGCUUCAGCAUCUUCAAUAUUUAUAUCCCAGGAACUGAUGUUUAAAUACAUGCAGGGUAUUAAGGGUAGAUUGUUUAAUACUAUAACUUGUUUAUUGUUAGUGUGUGUGUGUGUGUGUGUGUGAGAGAGAGAGAGAGAGAGAGAGAGAGACUGCAUACCACAAUUAUAUGUAUAUGUGUGUGUCUUUUCUAGAUAAAGCUUUACACAACAGAGAAUUAAGUGUAGAGAGACCACUAGAAGAACAGGUAGGUAAAACCAGUGUCUAUUUAUUUAUUAAGUGUCUAUCCUGCCCUUCCAGCCAAAGGAGCCCAGGAUGGUGAACACCCGAAUGAUAAAACAAGAGAAUGAAAAAUUAAAUAAAAUAAUAAAAAUAAAAACUAAUCUAAAGACAUGUAAAAUACAAACUCUCUUUGAAGUUGUUGCAGAUAGCCCUGCUUUUAAUUAUCAGGAGAAUGCCAACAGUUUGAUGAGAUGAAUGGAAGAAUGGUAGGCUAUGUGAGCUGUUGUAAGACUAGUGGGGGGUGGGGGUGAAGUCUCAUGUUGACAUAAAGAUUAAUAAUUAUCCCAACUAACUUGUACAAAUAUACUUGGUUGUAAGCCCUCAGAGUUCAAUGGCUCUUACACCCAAGCAAGUCAUUGCAGCCUUAUUUGUGGUGGGAGCUUUCAGCAGGUAAGAAAUGUAACAGUGCGAUCCUAACCACGUCUAGUCAGAAGUAAGUUUUACUGAAUCAAAUGGGGCUUACUCCCAGCUAAGUGGGGUCAGGAUGGCAGACUAAUUCAUUGGAGGAAUGAAUCUGAUAAAGUAGACUCUUGGUGUGCUAAAAGCUCGUGACAGAAUAACUGUGCUAGUCUUCUGAAGGUUUCCUAAGAUUCUUGAAUGUUUUGCAGGCUAGUUAGAGUUCAAGAAGAAAACCAUUUAACUAGUCAAACAAGCACAUGUUUCCAGAGCUCACUUCUAGCCCAGCCAGUGUCUUCUGUCAUGACAACUUACAAAUUAUUUAGUAGACACAUAUAGCAGGGAAAUCCAAUAGUGCGCCAUUCUUUUUCACUUAUCCUGAGAAUUUGCCUCGUACAGGCCAUAUUUACUCAGAGGUAAGUCCCACUGUGAUCAACAUGGCUUACUUAGAUUCAUAGAUUCAUAGAAUUGCAGAGUUGGAAAGCACCCCUACGGUCAUCUAGUCCUAAGCAACAUGAAAAGCUCCAGAGCACCCUGAACACAAUAAUUUAUAUCUUGGCUUCACUCUGUAUUGAUUUCAGAUGCUUGUAACCUCUGGAUAUGCAAUGUCUUAACAGUAUAUAAGGGAGGUGGGGGGAUUCUUUCAAGAACUGUUACCUUCUAGCCUUCAUAGCUUCUUUCAGCCAUGUGAAUUUAGUGUCAUGUUCCUUCUUUAAAGAGACAUAAACAAGGUUAUAAAUAAAAGUAUUUCUGAGCACGAGGUGCCUAAUCUCCCACCAGGCUGAUCAAGUGUACCCUGUCUCCAAGGACUAGAGUUUCCUACCCAGAUGGAAUCAAUAGAUCUUAAAGCCUGAUGGCUUUCUUUUAUUUAUUACACACACAAUUUAUUUCAUUUCUCUCCCUUCCAAGGAGCUCAGGGUGGUGUACAUGGCCCCCCCCCCCCAUUUUAUCCUCACAACAAUCCUGGUGUUAAGGCAAAGAGACUGUGAUUGACCCAAGGUCACCCAGUGAGCUUCAUAGCUGUGAGGGGUCUAGAUCCCCAGUCUCCCAGACCUCAGUACAACCACUCUGGCCACUACCCCACAAUGGCUCCCUGUCUCUCACUCUCUCUGUUCCAGCUUGCAUUCGAAGCACAGUCAUACCUUGGUUUUCGAACAGCUUAGUUCUCGAUUGUUUUGGCUCUCGAAUGCCGCAAACUCAGAAGUGAGUGUUCCGGUUUGAGAACUAUUUUUGGAAGCCGAAUGUCUGAUGGGGCUCCUGCGGCUUCCGAUUGGCUGCAGGAGCUUCCUGCAGCCAAUCAGAGGCCGCGCUUUGGUUUCUGAACGUUUUGGAAGUCGAACGGACUUCCAGAACAGAUUCCGUUCAACUUCCAACAUACGACUGCAUCUUAUAAAAGUCACAGUUCAUUUUCAACCCUAUCAGUAUAUUACACCCAGAGGCUUUAAAAAUGGACAGGCUGUGUUCCUGACUAGUCCUACAAAUCCCUCCCACAGGGCAAAACCUGGUCCGUGGUAUACUGACCACCCUUUGAACCGAACAGCAAAGUCAUUUUAAGAGUGAAAGUAAGCAGGAUUUAUGGAAGAAAUUAAAGAGCCACAUUUGGGGGCGGGGGAGCGGAACAGAAGAACAGAUAUAUAUUCUUGCAAGAGAUAUUUGAAUUUUCAGAACUGGCCCCCUUUCUCUCCUUCUCAUUCCCAGAAAUGUUUUACCCAAAUGUCAAAUGUGGUCAUGAUGCCUUCUCUUAUCAUUAUCAAGGUUAUUCCCACCUGUUCCCAUUUAAACAUACCCACCUUCCAGAUUGCAGAAUCCCCUCAAAUUACCACACCUCUAGUAAUAGUUUUAUACUUAUAUUCCAGCCUCAAAUGUCACUUCUCUCUAGUUAUUGUACCUUCCUAAGUUCUGGUUUUUGUGUACCUUGCUAAGUUCUUCAUGCCUUCUUAUACCUUUCCACUGUACUUUUGAUAACUUAAACAUUAUGCAGUAAUAAUCCUUGUGACCUUUGAUGUAUGCCAGUGGCGCCUAGCCCUUUGGGGGGGCAGAUUGAGGGCCGCAGUGACCCACACCCAAGCCUCCAAGGGCUGCAUAUCAUGGUAGGCAUAGAGAGCGAAAGUGGGUGUGGCAAAAGCUGUAGUUCUCAAGGCUGCCUUCCAAAAGGCUUUCCCAUCAGCUGUUGCAUACUGUUUUCAAUCAUUUUUAUCACUCAAUUUUCAUCAUUAAAAUUAGCAACAAAAAAAUCCCCAAACACGUUUUUUAAAUAAAAAUUUAAAAUUGACAAAUUUGAGAGAUGCCAAUCACAAAAAAACCCUUCGGUAUCAAAACAUCGCCAGGGUGGGUGGGUGGGUCGGACUAUUGUUGUUGUUUAGUCGUGUCCGACUCUUCGUGACCCCAUGGACCAGAGCACGCCAGGCACUCCUGUCUUCGACUGCCUCCCGCAAAGCUACUCAUGCUGGUAGCUUUGAGAACACUGUCCAACCAUCUCGUCCUCUGUCGUCCCCUUCUCCUUGUGCCCUCAAUCUUUCCCAACAUCAGGGUCUUUUCCAGGGAGUUUUCUCUUCUCAUGAGGUGGCCAAAGUCUUGGAGCCUCAGCUUCAGGAUCUGUCCUUCCAGUGAGCACUCAGGGCUGAUUUCCUUCAGAAUGGAUAGGUUUGAUCUUCUUGCAGUCCAUGGGACUCUCAAGAGUCUCUUCCAGCACCAUAAUUCAAAAGCAUCAAUUCUUCGUCGAUCAGCCUUCUUUGUGGCCCAGCUCUCACUUCCAUACAUCACUACUGGGAAAAACAUAGCUUUAACUAUACGAACCUUUGUUGGCAAGGUGAUGUCUCGCAGCAGUCAAUAAAAUUAUGCCAUUUGAUAUGUUUAUUCAGAAGGACGUCCUACUGUAUUCCAUGAGAUUUACUCCCAGGAAAGUGUGCAGAGGGUUGCAGCUUUGAAUGCCCCCAACCCAAGUCAAUUUUCAAAAAAGAGCAGCUUCCCACAAAAGAAAGGCAGAAAGGAAAUUCUCUAUUAAAAGAGCACAAAUUGGUAUUAAAGGGUCUAGCCCAGAAUCUUUUCUUUAGGGAAAUGCUUCCAUCACCUCCUGGGAAAAGGACAAGAGAUGCUGUGGUGGGAAGUGGAAGGGCUGUGGCUCAAUGGGAGAGCAUCUGCUUUGCAUGCAGAAGGUCUCAGGUUCGAUUCCUAGCAUCUCCAGGUAAGGCUGGGAACGUUCCCAGCCUGAGACCUUGGAGAGCCAGUGCCAGGCAGUGCUAAGCUAGAAGGACUCAGCUUCAGGCAGUUUUGCAUGUUCCAAUAGGUUAAAAGAAAUAAAUUGGAGGAAAAGAGCUACACACGAUUCAUUCCAGUGCAACAGAGACGGUGCGUUCAUAUACCCAUAAACUAUCUUUCUCCCCAAAACAGAUUGCUGAGGCAGAGACGGAUAAAAUGAAAAAGCCAGCCUCUACAGGUAAAUUUUGUGCUUCUUCCCCUUAUUCAUUGCACACACAUACUGCUGAUUGUUCAGAGGUAUGAGAUGGUUUAUUGGGCACCUGUGCUGUACGUCUUCCAGACAACAAGCCGGAAUUCAGAAAUUACUCAUUUGCCGAUGACCUGAACCUGCUCAAAUUGGCAGCAGAAAAAGAGAGGAAGGAGAAGGAAAGGGAAUCAAUUAGAAGCUCCCUGUAUGACCAACAGCUUGCCCUCGAGGAUACAGAUUCCACCAAGAGCCGGAGGCUGGUUGAUGAUUAUGACUCCACUAAAAGCAGCCCGGACUAUAAAUAUCAAGGUAAAUUCAUUAGUCUUCAUACACCAAGCUUGUGUUUUGAGUGUAUGUUGCAGAUAGGGCCUCUCUGGACGUCCAUUUCAUUCAUGCUUCUUUGUGCUCGUGAUGCUGUUGGGGCAGUCAUACGCAAUACCAUUUUCAAUACUAUUUGCACACAGCCCUCUGACUGGAAGUUGAGCAUUUAGGGAGCAAUCCAACGCUCAAGAAGGUGAUGCAAAGCAAGCCAGUGUAAAUGACGCCUGUGUGAAGUUACGCCAGAUCCAAACUCAGCUUAGCAGCAGGGCUUCUGCUCUGCCUAAGCCUGGCAGAAAGGAAACAAGCCUUUAAAAGAGUAUCUCACACUGGGUUGCUGGAUCACAUGACCAGGCUUAGGAUCCAGCCUAGGUCUCCCCUCUCUAAGCCUGCUUCCUUUGGGGGACUUAAACAGGCCUUGGCCAGCUUUGCCUGUGUAUCUUUCGCUAAACUGGAGUUGGGGACUUAAUUCUGGCAGAGCCUGGCAGAGCUAGAGAUCCCUUGCAUCCUGAGCCAGCAAAUCUUGCCAUAUUAUGUAUUGACCCCUUAGUGUUACCACUCUGCAGUGGAACACUGUUCACUGCAGAGAUGCAGCAGGCAUCCUCACUUUCGACUUUUAGGUGCCGCUUGAAGACUUUUUUAUGCCAACAGGACUUUACAGCUGAUUAAUUUUUAUUUUUGAUUAGCCAGUCAGCUGAAUGAUUGUGUGUGUGUGUGUGUGUGUGUGUGUGUGUGUGUAGAAAGAAAGAAAGAAAGAAAGAAAGAAAGAAAGAAAGAAAGAAAGAAAGAAAGAAAGAAAAAGUUUUAUGUUUUAACAUUGUGCACCACCCUGAUAUUUUAUGAUAUGGCAGGAAAAACAUAUUUUUAGAAAGCAAAUAAAUAAAUUGGGGUACUCAGCCCAUGAAAAUGCCCAGGGACACCUGACCUUACUACUGCGUAGACAGAGAGUCAUUUUCAGGAUGCCACGAAUAAUAUGGUUUCACAUGGGAGAGGACAUAAACGACAUAAACAAUGCAAACCACAGCAAAGUAUAUCACACAGAAACAGCCUAUGAGAAAACCCUAGAAUCAUAUUGAUGUGACCAAAGCGGUUCAUCCAUUUAUGGUUUAGCCUUCUAUCCUUUGGGACUGGUGUCAUGGAGGGGAGUGUCAGAUCAACACUUGAGGUAAAAUUGGGGAGGGUUCAGUCCAAUCAAACUUUAAGAAGCCUUGGUCUUGGCUGUUGCAAAUUCACACCCCAGAAGCCAGGCAAGUCUGCAAGCACAGUUUGAUGCAGGAAUAACAUCCCAGUCAUUGCCAGAUCCCAGCCUGUCUUCAUGGAUGGCUUCCAAAUGCAAAGUAAUCUUCAUAUGCUAGCGGAACUAUAGAUGGCACAAAACGGACCUCUUCCAGCGCAUCAUUAUUCCAUAAACACUCUCCUUGUCUUAUUGCAUACUGUGAAUUUGCCAUUAUGUUUUGCCAAUAUAUUAAGACAAUGUUGAUAACACAAAAUAUUAUAUAUGAUAAAAGCAAUCUCAGUUCUCUGGAUGCUUGUGUAGCUAUUCAAAUAACACCCAUGCAUAAGAGUAGAAAGUACCAGCAGGUUCGGGAGAACUCUAAGCUUUGUAAAGGUAAAGGUAAAGGUAAAGGGACCCCUGACCAUUAGGUCCAGUCGUGGCCAACUCUGGGGUUGCGGCACUUAUCUUGCUUUACUGGCCGAGGGAGCUGGCGUACAGCUUCCGGGUCAUGUGGCCAGCAUGACUAUGCCGCUUCUGGCGAACCAGAGCAGCGCACGGAAACUCAAUUUACCUUCCCGCCACAGUGGUACCUAUUUAUUUACUUGCACUUUGAUGUGCUUUAGAACCACUAGGUUGGCAGGAGCAGGGACCGAGCAACGGGAGCUCACCCCGUCGCGAGGAUUCGAACCGCCAGCCUUCUGAUCAGCAAGCCCUAGGCUCUGUCGUUUAACCCACAGUGCCACCCGCGUCCCACUAAGCUUUGACGAUGCACCCAAAAAACCCCGUAGAAAAAACACCCAAGAGGAAGGAUGCUAAAAACAGCUCAAUGGAGCAUACUCAAUAGCCUUAGAAUGCUGGCUUGCUUUUGAAACAGAGAGGAACGUAAGACAGGGAGGAAGGAGUGGAACAUCCUGAAGAGAAGUGCUCUUCAUGGCAACAUUUUAUCACAGGCUCCUCUUGGGCACAGUUACCUCAUUUAUCUAUGACGGCUGUCUAUGGAGUUCCAGUUUAUGUAUACUGCUCCCUUCACAUCCAUAGAGCAGGCAACUGCUCAGUUUGCAUAGUUUUGGAAAGCACAAAUUUGGCAAAUGUGAAUUUAAAUGUGAACUGAAUCCAAUUUCUUCCCCUUCCCAGCUGACUGCAAAUAGAAUUAAUUGAGUAACCCUACAGUUCUAAUUAUUUGAGAGACAAUGAAUCUCUUGAUAUCAUUCAUGCUUACAUACUUUUCUGUCAUGUCCCCUUAGACUUGUGUGGGUGUUUGUUUUGACAGCUAAAAAGCCCUUAUUUCUUAAGACUUUUUUCAGUUGAUGGAUGGACUUCAUCAAGCAGAAAGCACAAAGCCAUGUUGAUAGAUGGUGGCAUGAGAUUUUCUGCACCCAAAAGAUUAAUUUGACUGUGCCAGACCUGAGCAUCUAGCAGUCCCCUGUAUUUGCAAAGUUGACAAAUGGUGGGGGUCAGAACAGGCCAUCAACACUGUGGUCUUUCUCUCACCAUCAGUCAUUUUCUCAUACUGGAAAGUAUCUAGAAUAACUUAGUCCAGUUUCACCUAAUGUUUUUACCCAUGCAAAAGAUAAACUCAUCAAACAUAGUAGAGCAUCACUUGGUCAACCUGUGAUACUUUCAGAUGAUCCAGAUGGACUCCACCAACUUGAUGGUACGCCAUUAACAGCUGAAGACAUCGUUCAGAAGAUUGCCAUGAGGAUAUACGAGGAAAAUGACAGGGGAGUCUUUGACAAGAUCGUUUCCAAGCUUCUAAAUCUGGGACUCGUAAGUUUCUGGGCACCAGUUCAUUUAUGCUAUUAUGCCUGGUUUUCCCCCCCUUUCUUAUUUUAGUCUUAGCUGCUAUUUUUAAAAAAGCACUGAAUGAAUAGUUUGAUCCUGAAACAAAUGGAUGUUCUUUUGAAGCAGAGCUUGGGCUCUGAGCACUGGUUUCAAUUUGCAUCAAUCUCACCCUGCAGUUAAACUGGCUAUUUGAAGCUUAGCCAUGCAAUGCAAGAUGCCAAGUUCUUGAAAGGUUUUAUAAUGGGCAAAUAAGCCCAGAAGGAGGAGGGAUCACACAAGAAUGUGAGAAACAGUCCCUGUAAAGGUCCAAUCCCCAACCAAGGCUGCGGAUUACAGAGUGACUUGCAAUAUAUAUAUAAAAGAAUAAUCUGCAGGGCAAAUAUUACUGGAUAUAAGGCAUAGUACUAUUGACUUCAAUAAAACCAGGCUAUUUAAACCAGCUGAGUUGAAGUCUAAAUUGAUUUGCUUUGCUUAUCAUUGCUGAAAUAUGAUGCCAAAGGACUUUAUUCAGAGAGGUGGCAGGCUGGUUUUUUCACCUCCUGAAGCUCUGACUGUCCUUACGAAUUCUUGUGGCAGAUGUUCAGCAUCGUCUUAAGCCAACGGUAGUGCUUCAAACUGCACAAUUAAACCAUCAGCUGCAUCAAACUAGACACUAUUGAUUUCCAAGGGAAACCUGCAAAUUCAAUUUGAAAUGGAUGUUCCAGUCUCCCUAAUUCAUUCUUCAGAUGUCCCUGCGUGAAACAAUUUGCAGACCUGAAGGGAGAUGGAUAAUUCAGCUCUACUCUCCUUGUCUUUCCCAGAUCACAGAAAGCCAGGCCUACACACUGGAGGAUGAGGUGGCUGAAGUCUUGCAGCAGCUCAUUGCUAAUGAAGCAAACGAUCGCGAAAAGGCAUCUGAAGAUCUUGGUGACAUUCCAAACAGAGCAGAGAGUAAUCCCAAUGAAAAAAAGGAGGAAAACAUGGUAAUGCCUAUCAGUUUCAUCCCACUUCCUGAAAAGCACAAAUAGACCCCCUCACUGACCCUUGCUCCGGGGACUGAGCAAAUUAAAGAGGUGUUAUUAUCAUUGUCAAUAUAUCAAGUAUUUGUAGGAAUCUAAAAACCUGCCAGUUUUUUUCCUCUAGUCCAGCCAUCUGCUUAAUACAGUGGCCAGUCAGGUGCCUCUGAGCACUCACAAGCUGUGCAUGAAAGUGAGGGUGGGUCCCUGGAGUUUAUCGCCAGCCUUUGGAAUUAAGGAACCUGCUAAGGAGAAGGAGGGAUGCAGGGUUAAACCUCAGAGCCAAGGGCUUGCUGAUCGGCGGUUCAAAUCCCCAUGUCGGGCUGAGCUCCCGUUGCUCGGUCCCUGCUCCUGCCAACCUAGCAGUUCGAAAGCAUGAAGUGCAAGUAGAUAAAUAGGUACCGCUCCGGCGGGAAGGUAAACGGUGUUUCCGUGCGCUGCUCUGGUUCGCCAGAAGCGGCUUAGUCAUGCUGGCCACAUGACCUGGAAGCUGUACGCCGGCUCCCUCGGCCAAUAAAUCGAGAUGAGCGCCGCAACCCCAGGGUCACCUGCAACUGGACCUAAUGGUCAGGGGUCCCUUUACCUUUAAGGAGAAAGAAGCUGACAGCCAGAUGGGCUUUUCUUCUUACUUGCAACCAGUCCAGAGGGUGGUCCUGACUAUCAGCUUCCUCCUCCUUAGCGGUGCCCUUGUAAAAAUCAGCAGGAAGGAGGAAGGAAGGAUGGGGACAAAAUUAGAAUGAGUUGACUUUGCCUGUUCUUUGCUCUGGCUCCCCCUACUGUUGGCCUCCCUGCCUUCCACCCUAUCAGUCCCAAUGGGCACCAGCCACCACUGGGCAUCCAUAUUUACACACUUCUGUUGUUAAUGUCUUACAUGGAGGCUACGAAAAAUACUGAUCAAGAUGACACACUGGAUAAUACCUGGACUUCCUCCAACAUCUUGGAAAGAAGAAACGAACUGCCUCCCGAGGAUAAUUUUGAAGAUCUCCAGUAUUUCCCUAACUUUUAUGAACUUCUGAAGAGUCUCAACACAGGUGAGUCUCAUACAGGUUGAAAUAUUUUCUGACGUUUGGUUUUCUGGAACACCGACUGCCUAUACGCUGAUGUGAAUGUGUGUGUUUUUUUAAUAAAAAAUGGAUGGUAGAGACCUAUCAAGGCCAUAGCAUUUCCAAGGCUUGCAAAACUGUGUAAUGGGGUGAAGCAAGUCCCCUGAUUCAGGCAGCACAUGGGGCAGAGGGGAAGUGAUGAAGGUAGGAACUUGAUGUCUGAAUGGUGCAGCAAGACCUUUUAAGUGAUGGCACCCUUACCCUUCAUUAGGGCUGUGUUUCCGGCAGCAAAAUGCCUUGUUCUGGCUAGAGAUGGGGGAGAAUUUCAAUUCCAUUGCAUUUAAAGCUGAACCUACCCAAAAGAAUACAUGGAUGAAAGCACACCCACCCUUUGAAAUUGACACUUCUCUGAAUUUUGCAAUGCAGUUCUCCAGCCAACCAAGAUGCUACCAAAUUGCCUAUGCCAGGAUAAAAUCUGCAUUAAAAUGCAUGUAUUCAUGAAGAUAACACCCCAAAAUGCUUUUUAAUUAGGGGAAAUAGCUCUGCAAAUUUUUGAAUAUUAGUGUUCUAGCACCAUUGAAUAUCACUUCUAGGCUACCCCAGCUGUUCCAAACCUGGCAAACAGUCCAUAUGAGCCCACUGAGGGGACAUUGAUGCUUGCCCUCCUGCACUUGCAGCCCUUCCCUCACAAUCUCUGCAGCCGUUGAUGUUCCAGCAUAUCAUCGUUAAGAUUAUGCAACAGAAUCAGCCACCUCUUCCUUAUCCCUGGGCCAAAGUGCCUCCAGUGGCCAACCUAGGAGAGCAGCACUUUGAACCUUUGCAUAAUUCAGCAGGGAGGUCAUUGUCACUUGUACGUCACCGCUCCUCCAUCCCAUCCACACAGCUCUCUUGCUUUUGUCCCGUCAGCCCGCAUCAAGCCAGGAUGCAGAAGAGGCUCCUGGAAUUGCAACCGUGUGCAGAAAUGGGAAGCGGUGCCUUUUCUCUCUCUCUUUAAAACAAGUGGCUGUGGCAGUUCUGAAGCUCUUCUAGCGAGGUCUCCUGCCAAGGCUGAGUGGUUUUCCCCACCUCUCGCCACUUGAUGACAGGCUACUCAGCUCUGUAUUAAAGUGCCCUUCAGUCAUCUUGCACGCAGGUGGCUUCCUGCAUAGAUGUCCCUGCCAGGGUAGGCAAAUUUCAUGCUGCUAAUGCAAAUGUAUAUGUCAUAGGCCUUUGUUCAGUCUGCAUUUUUAAUCAAGCCGGCCUGAUUUGCACUUCCUGGAAUAAUCACUGGGCCGGAAAGCAGCUACCCUUCAGUUUUUGCACUUCUCUAAAUUUUGCAAAACAGUUAUUGGCUAAAACAAACAGAGAGAGAGAGAGAGUGCAAAAAUAUGUAUUAAAAGUCAUAAUUUUAAAUGCUGAAAUGCAUAUGACAUGUUAUUUUAUGGGGAAACAUGAAAAAAAUGCACUUUAAAAAAAUAAAUUAAAAGGAUUACAGUAAGCUACAGAAAUGGAUGGAGCAGACUUAUGAACUAUGUGAAAAACUGACAUGGACCAACAAAAGAUUCAUCCAUCCCUUUUGUGUAUGUAUAGUUGGGAUGGAUGAUCAGUCUGUUGCAGAGAGAGCAGCAGAGAUAAGGAAAGUCAGAGACAGCCUGUGUGGUAUAGUGCUUAGAAGGCUGGAAUAGGACCUGGAAGAGGAGGGUUCAAAUCCCACUCGUUCACAAGGGUCUCUUUGGGCCUGUCACUGUCUCUCAGCCUUAGCUGACCUGGCAGAGUUGUUAUGGGGGUUAAAGAAGGAGGGGGAGAAUGAUGUACAACGCCUUAUGCUCCUCGGAGAACCUGGUGGGAGUUAGAUGCAAUGAAUGAAUGAUAGUGGGAAGGAAAGAAGAAAGGUAAAAGAGGAAAAUGUGCAUGCUAUCUUACAGGUUUUAUGACAAGCUACUGUUUGGCUCCCAGACCUCCUUUGUGGUUUUAGUCCUUCUGAUCUAUAAAGUGCAACCCUAUGGCUUACUCCAUUGCAAAUGGAUGGGAGGUUGCAAUCUUACAGGGCUGCAGAUUGCACCUUAGAGAUUGCCGGAAGAGAAAGAAAAAUAGGCAUAAAAAGACAAUUCCCUGAAUGUUUGGGGCAAGUACUCUUUGGUAGAGAACCCCAGGAGAGAUUUGAAAUCACAAAAUAAGCAGCAAAGUAAAGCAUGGAAAUACAGGUUGUUAGACCUUUAAAAUAUGGCCUCCCAAGUUCCUUCCAAAGUUUCCCACUUCCCCUAGCAUAGAAAAAGCCAGUUUGGUAAGUUGAAAAUGGUUUACUUACAAACCCUUCAAAGGUCAGAUUCCUAUGCUUUUGCAUACAACAAUCAUGAAACAUGGGUUAGUUCCAAAGUGGUGAAAGUUCCUAAAUUAUUUGUAUCAGAACACAAGGAUGGAUAGUAGAAAGAAGCCAUGUGGUUGGAGUGUGGAGCAGCAGCAGAGUUCACAAACACUAUUAUUAUGUAUUUUGUGUUUUUAUCUUGUAUUUUUAUGCUGUGCACUGCCCUGAGAUCUAUGGAUGAAGGGUGGUAUACAAAUUUAGUAAAUAAUAAAACAAUACUAAUAUGGCAUUAACCCCCUCAUGCAUUUUAGACUUGAGCAUCUUGGUUAUUAUAUGAGGCUGGUUAGCCUACAGAGAUUACAUUUACUUGAGAGCAAGUUCCAUUGAACUGAUUGGGACUUGUGUACACUCAGGUAUAAGCCCCUUUCUUUUGAAUUGAACAUACUCACGAGAGAGCAUGUAUACGACCACAGCCUUAAAGACCUUCCGAGCUGGGACCUAGAUAUUUUGGAAUACUGGUCUUCUACUGGUGGGUUGGAGUCGAAAGUGGGUUGUAUCCUGAUCUGAAAUGGGCUGCAGCAACAGAUUUAAUACUGUUGUCUUUUGGAGAGGAAGAUAGAGUGAAGGGAGGCCAGCGGUAAAGGGAGACAGACCUCCUUUGUAGAAGAGGGUAUUCCUAUUUCAGAAGGUGCAUUUAUUAAAGUGCCAUCUGCAAAGGGAACCAACAGACUAAAGGCAGAGGAAGAUCUCCUCCCUGAAACCAGAUUGCCCCCAAGAGAAAAGUGGGGAGGUGGGCAUGCAUGACUAAAAAAUUAAGAGGAUCUCAUGUUGAAAGUUGAAGUUAAAGGGGGGGCAUCAUGUCCCUAACUUUCCACAACCUGUGCAAUGUUUACAUGUGUGCUUUGCUCUUCAACACAGAGAAAGAAGCCAAAGAAAAAGAAACGCUCAUAACGAUCAUGAAGACUUUGAUAGACUUUGUGAAGAUGAUGGUGAAAUAUGGAACAAUCACACCAGAAGAAGGUGUUUCGUAUCUAGGUAAGAACACAUUCCUAACUCCUUGUAAGAACGUUGCUCCCAGUGCCGGAUUUACGUAUAAGCUAAACAAGCUAUCGCUUGGGGCCCCUCAAAAAAAUUAAAGGGGAAAAAAACCUGGAUGUACAUUUCCAAAAUAUAAGAUUUAAAAAACAGUGUUUUGUAUUGUAUAGGCCCCUAUGAUGUAAGUAAUGGGCCCCGGCUGCUAGCCUGCUCCCUAAAAUAUCACUGGUUUGCUCAUUUCUAUAUACAGGGUGCCUACAUUCUGCAUGUGCAAAGGGCUUUAGAUACCAAUUAGGUCCAUAAAUUACCAUAUAGCAUAUAUUCAACACAAAAAACAGUGACAAUUUGUUGUUGACAAAGGACAGCUGGACAUAUAAAGGGCCCCAUUAACCUUCAGUAGCUUAGGGCCUCAUCAAACCUAAAUCCGGCCCUGGUUCCUCCCUUUUUGCCAUGAAUACUGGUGAUUAUACUAUCAUUUGCUCAUCAUCGGGGCUGGUUCCUGUAAAAUCAGUGACCUUUUCAUGGCAAUUCAUUGUAAGUAGUGUUGAGGUGCCGGGUUUCUCUGUUCUUGGUCAUAGUGUGAAGCGAUUUCAACCAGAAUGAGACUGAACCUGAACAGAUCUUCACCAUAAGCUACUGUAAGGCUGUUCAUUUCACUGGCCUUUUACUUUGGGGUGGGAGGUAUUUUAUUUUGUUUGCAUUUCAAUGAGAAACUACCUAAUUUGCACUGUUCGAACCUGUACAUGAACAGAAACAUAUCAAUCCUUCAAAAUCCGCACUACUUCAUAUUUUGUGAUGCAGUUCUUCAUCCAGAAAAUGUGUACCAAAAAUGCAGCCUAUUGUAUGCAAAAAUGUGUGUUUGAGUCAAAACUGUAUACUAAAAUGUGUAUAUGAGGAGAAGCUGAUACCAAAAUACUGACAAGUUUUCAUGAGGAUUUAAAAAAACUGAACUUAUGACCAGAAAAAAUGAGAAACGGAAAGAAGCUGGAAUGGACAUUCAUUUUUCUGAUGCUCUACAACAACAGAGCAUUUCUUGACUGCAAGGUUUCCAAUAGGAAACCUAUAUUUCAGAUCUUCUUUUCCUGCUAUUACUCACUACAUGUACAGUGGUACCUCGGGUUACAGACGCUUCAGGUUACAGAUGCUUCAGGUUGCAGACUCCGCUAAACCAGAAAUAUUACCUCAGGUUAAGAGCUUUGCUUCAGGAUGAGAACAGAAAUUGCAUGGCAGCGGCGCAGUGGCAGCAGGAGGCCCCAUUAGCUAAAGUGGUGCUUCAAGUUAAGAACAGUUUCAGGUUAAGAACAGACCUCCUGAAUGAAUUAAGUUCUUAACCCGAGGUACCACUGUAUAAAGUGAGCUACUAUCUCCAGUUCUUGGUGAAUAGGACCUUGAAGUAUUAUGACAUUUCCCUGUGAUCAGUUUUAGUUCCCAUUCAGUAGUAGCCCUUGAAGCCCAUGGUCAUCGGAACUGCUUCUGAUCGCUUGUGUUUUCCAAACCCAACAGUUUGCCCUUAAUGGGAUCUAGAUGGAUUUGGAAACAAAGUGUUGGCCAGGGCUGGAAGUACACACUAGAAAGCAUUCUGUCAGGCAGCCUGGUGGAGAGGCAGUACCGCAUGGUGGGGAGGGGGUGGAAUGAAAUUCCUGCUGUUGCUGAAUAUACGGCAACGUUUCCACACACUUCAGUGGGUUUAUUGGAUUGCAACCCUUUUGGCAACUCAGAAUGUUUGGGUGGGUAGCAACAGUGGCAAGGCUGCAUGCUCCAUCACUGGGGGCGGAGAGCAGGCAGGGCUUGACUGGCGCACGUCCCAGGUGUGUAGCAUGCGUCCCGGGGGCGUGGCGUGCAUCCUGGAGGCGUGGUGCACUGGCCACGGAGGCAUGGCGUCCAGUGUUGUGGGAGGUCGCGACGCAUGUCCGGGGGGGAGGCCACAAUGGUACCCCCCUCCCCAAUGGUGCCAGGGGUGGUGCGCUCCCCCCGCCCACCCCCCGUUCCUCUGCCAGUGGGUGGAAAGCCACUUUGCAAGUACCCAGCAGAUUCCAAACAUCUGAACAGAUACCCUGACGCGUGAUGCAUCAGGGAGAAACAGUAGCAUGAUGUGAUGUUAGAUGGCUUCCUCCAAAUGGUGAAAAAAAUUGCAAGGGUUUAGACUGCAGUCUCAUGGGAGUAAGUUUCCUUGAAAUCAACAAGAGUUGAUUCUGAGCAGACAUGGAUUCUGAGCAGACUAAACCUCAUCUUUUUGUACCAUUCCUAUUCCUUGCCUUUCGUAUCCGUUCAGCUGCUAUGACAGUGUAUGUCACCUCUUUGGCUACAGUAAGAUCCAACCAAUCAGGGAUCACACAGCCAGCAUCAUGCGGCCAAUCAAUUUGGCCAUCAUGAAGCCAAAUCAGAGUGACGGCCAUGGUUUGUGCUCUCGCUUGAAGUACACAAACAUCUCCCCCAGUCUUUCACAGGCCUCCUAAACUAUCGAUGAAAGGGGAAGGUGUGCGUUUUGCAGGAGCAAAGUUUUCAGCCCAUGUUACUGUGAACUAGAUGACUGGUGGUGGAAUGUGUGAACCAAGUCCAUUGAGAAGUACCAUGUUGGAGGCUAUGUGAGAGUUCUGUCUGUUGCUUGACCUGCAGUAUACCGUUCUCAUAUACAAGUCAUUCCUAACUGUUAGAGUAGUCGGGUGAUUAUGAUGAUUCCUUUUAUAAAUUGCAUUCCACACAAGUGUCCCAAGGCAAUGCACAAGAGAAAGGUUAAAAACAACACAAAUAACAGCAAAGAAAACAGAACAACAGCAGAAAAUACAAUACAAUAUAGACACACAUGGCUGAGAACAUGUCGCCCAGCUGGAAAGCUUGUUGAAAUUUAAAUGUCUUGGCAGGAAUGCUAUUCCGCAGAACAGGUGUAUCUAUGUCAAAAGUCCUGCUCUGAGUGUGGAGUGGACGUCUGAUAUCUUGGGAACUUGCAAAAGUAACAAAUUGGCAGCCAGUGCAAAUCCCACAAGCGAUGCUGGUGGUAGUUUGUCCCAACAUGCAACCAGCUACAAGCCUCCAGACCAGGGGUCAGCAACCUUUUCCAGCAGGGGGCCAGUCCACCAUCCCUCAGACCAUGUGGUGGGCCGGACUAUAUUUUGAAAAAAAAUCUAUGAACGAAUUCCUAUGCCCCACAAAUAACCCAGAGAUGCAUUUUAAAUACAGUGGUACCUCAGGUUAAGUACUUAAUUCGUUCCGGAGGUCCGUUCUUAACCUGAAACUGUUCUUAACCUGAAGCACCACUUUAGCUAAUGGGGCCUCCUGCUGCCGCCACACCGCAGGAGCACGAUUUCUGUUCUUAUCCUGAAGCAAAGUUCUUAACCUGAAGCACUAUUUCUAGGUUAGCGGAGUGUGUAACCUGAAGCGUAUGUAACCUGAAGAGUAUGAAACCCGAGGUACCACUGUAAAAGGACACAUUCUAGUCAUGUAAAAACAUGUUGAUUCCCGGACUGUCCGCGGGCUGGAUUUAGAAGGCAAUUGGGCCGGAUCCGGCCCCUGGGCCUUAGGUUGCCUACCUCUGCUCCUGACCAACCUCAAGGGUAGCCCCACAAAGAGCACAUUGCAGUAAUCAAACCCAUGAGGCUACCAGCACAUGGAGAAGUGUGGUCAGCUAUCUACAUCCAGGAAUGGACGUAGCUGCCUUAGCAACCGGAACUGGUAAAAGGCUCUCUUAGCACCAAGGACACCUGUGCCUCCAGGAGCAUCCCCAAACCGCGCAUGAUGAACAUGCAUGUGUGAGCCAGCCCCAAGAAAAACCUAGCCACAGCUGUGGCUCCGCUCUGCUCUGCUCUGCUAGUUUGUGAUGCUCAGGGCAUUGUUGUUUGCUAUCAAAGCAGUCAACUGUGGUGGAAGGAAAACACUCUCUCAAACGCUUCAAGUUGUUUCACCGCUGGGCUAUUUUUAGCAGCGCAGUUGAAAAGUGACUCUAUUUUUUACCUUCAAAACGCUGAUCUGAUAUUCUUCUCAAGAGGCUUAAGAAACCAUGAGAAUAUGAGCUUGGUAUAGCAGGGGGCGGGGGAGCAAAGUGCUUUGUUGCCAGAGCUGCUGUGAUUUGUGAAAAGGUCUGAUGUGUGCGUUUCCUUGGGAGCGUGGACUGCUGGGCAGAGAACUGUUGCUGUGGGGGUAAAGGGAAGCCCCACACAAUACCUAGAGAAUAAUGUUGAAGAAGCACUGGCUUGAAAAGUAAACCACAAAAAGUGGAUUAUUUGCCAAAAUCCAUAUUGGAUCAGGAUUAACAGCCAGGGGAAUCACUCAUACAGUAUAUGCAUUUUUUGAUACAGUGGUACCUCGGGUUACAUACGCUUCAGGUUACAUACGCUUCAGGUUACAGACUCCGCUAACCCAGAAAUAGUACCUCGGGUUAAGAACUUUGCUUCAGGAUGAGAACAGAAAUCGCACGGCAGCAGCAGGAGGCCCCAUUAGCUAAAGUGGUGCUUCAGGUUAAGAACAGUUUCAGGUUAAGAACGAACCUCCGGAACGAAUUAAGUACAUAAGCAGAGGUACCACUGUACUGGAAAAUACCAUAGAGGGUGAUGCAAGUCUGAGAUCACUUCCGUUUUCUGCUAUACUAAGGUGGCUGUCAUGGGCCAUAUUCCCCAGUUGGAGGUUGGGUGAACUAGACCAGGAGUCCUGGAACAUGAGAAAUCUGUCGGGAAAGGCGAUGACCUCAGUGCUGGGAAUCACUUGGGAUAAGGAGUGAUGGAGGUCACUAGAGGUGGCCGCUGCUUAUGGCUCCACCAAAGAUCAGGAUUAGCAAACACUGACUGAGAGCAGCUCCCCGGGGCUCCAGGAAGAUGUCUCUCCUAGUCCUAACUGAAGAUGCCAGGAAUCAAACUUAGGGCCUUCUUCAUGAAUAGCAGAUGCUCUACCACUAAGCUACAAUCAUUUCCUUAUUUCUAUGAUGAUGAUGAUGAUGAUGAUGAUGAUGCCUUUCUUCCAUAAAUCCCAGGGCAGUUCACAACAUGAAAUGACAAUAUAAAAACCACAAAAUACAUAAUAAAAAUAAGAACAGCUGCAAACCAAUAAUUCCCCCCUCCCACAACACAUUUAAAAGGGCAUCAGAUGUCAAUAAGCCAAGGACCUGGUGGAAGAAUGUUUUGCAUGCAUAAUGAAGGUCAUUCAUAAUACAUUCCAGCCAUUCACAUGAGGCCAAUAAACAGUAGGCAAGGCUAUUGACAUCAAGCCAUGUUCCAAUCAUUGGCAAUGGCCCAGUAAGUGUAGGUUAGAUCUGGGUAUUUCCAAAGAAAACUAGAUUCUCGGGGAUUAGAAUUAUUGGGGGCACUAGAGGUUGACAGGAUGCCCUGUUCGGUUAAGGGUCAACCUGCUGAGAAUCAGUACCUUCAUCUUGGUUCUCUGCUGACAGACAGACAGACAUGUCAGAGACAAUGGAAUCUAUUUCUGACUUUGUCAAGCUCUUCUCUUUCAGGGGCAGCUUUGUAAUCAGCAUGGAUCUUUGCUGCUGCCUCCUGCAAGGGGUUCAGAGUAUCACCCAUCACUUAUUAUUGAUUAGGGACAAGGACAAAUCAACAUAGGUACCACCCCUUUUACCUCUUAUGAGAUUAUAUGUAGGGAAUCUGCAGUAAACAACAACCAUAGCUCAGUAGUAGCAGCAACCAGCAAUAUCUAUGAAGUUAAACAAGACUAUCUGGUUUUAGAACAGGCGCAUUAAAACACCCCCUCUCCACUUUUAGGCUGAAGCUAUGAACCUGAAUUAUGCAUUAAAGGCAAUAAAUCAUUUAGUAGACCAUAUCACAUGCUUCUCGAGCUCCUUGCUUGACAAUCUGCAGAGACAGUUGCGUUGAAAAGCACAUCUCGGUAGCAGCUGGUCUGGGAUUUGAAGGCCCAGCAUUAUGUCAUCCUUGCAAGAUCUCUCUCCAGGGAGAACAGUCUUCAAGCAUCAUUCAGGGGAUGAAUUAGGUCUCACUACGAGCCGCGCAGGACUUAGCCUGCAAAUCCAAGGCUCACUGAAAGGAUACUGAGGCUAUAUAUGCAGUUGUAUUCUUCUGAAUCUGAAACCUAUGCUGACCUUUUAGUUCCAGAAUCACAUUCUGUCCCCCUGAGCCAUUUUCUCUUAAGUGCUAGCAUCCAUGUGCAAAAGCAGGCACAUCAAUAUCAAAUAGGCCUAGGAUUAGAAUAAGAAUGUUGUAUAGUAAUAUGGAUUUAAGCCAAUAAGAAAAGAGAUGAAGGUAAUUAAUUGAAGGAGUUAAUUGUAUUAGAAAGAGCAUCUUGGAGAACUGUUACAAAGGUGUCACAAUGAAAUUCAGUUAGGGGGGAUUUGAGGAAGUCAGAUAACAAAGAAAGUUAAUUUGGGUUUUAGAAGUAAUGUGUUUUAUUUUUAUUUUAUUUUUCUUUUAGUAUUGUAAUGUGCGUCAUUUUGUGUCUUUUAUAGGUUAUAUUUGUUAUAAAUGUGGAAAAUCAAUUAAAAAAAAUGGGGGGAAACAAAAGCAGGCACAUCAGCCUUGUGUGCGCACAAAUUUAUAAGGUGUCAUGACUGCCCAUCACAGUCUGUGCUUUCUGUAAGGUUCUGUUUCUCUGUUGCCCAAUCCGUCAGUAGCCUUCCAAGUGAGAAUCCAGUUUCAUUCAAUGGGUGUCUACUAACUUAUUUAGUGACAAGGAGAAAGCCAAGGCAACCAUGUUCUGGGGUUGCUGGUAUUUUUUAAGAAUACCAGUGCAGGCAGAAAACUAGGUGUGGAUAAAAACAGGAGUGUGGGUUAAGGCCAUGUGCUAUGUAUUGGGAAAUCUCCACAAUCCAGAUCAGAACCUGUGUUCUGAGUACGUGGUGCAAUUUGGGCCACGGUCUCUCAGUUUCAGCCCUCCCCCAACUGACCCCCGCUCACACAGCAGUUGUAAGGAUGUUGCAUUUGUGAAAUGCUUUGAGCGUGUGUAUAUUGAAGGUAAAUUUUACUAUGAUGUUUAUUAUUUAAAAAAAGAGUUUGGAUUUGAUAUCCCGCUUUAUCACUGCCCUAAGGAGUCUCAAAGCGGCUAACAUUCUCCUUUCCCUUCCUCCCCCACGACAAACUCUCUGUGAGGUGAGUGGGGCUGAGAGACUUCAAAGAAGUGUGACUGGCCCAAGGUCACCCAGCAGCUGCAGGUGGAGGAGCAGGGACGCGAACCCGGUUCACCAGAUUACGAGUCUAUUGCUCUUAACCACUACACCACACUGGCUCUCUAUUAAGCUUUCCCACAGCAAUGACUGGCGAUGGCACUGCAUGCUGCACACCCUGUUUGCUUCUGCAGCAGAAGACGAUUCUGAGGAUAGGGCAUUCACUAUCCAUGGUAGAUCACUCCCAAGCCCUAUACCCAAUGGCUCCUGUUUUGAGCCUUGAAGACACUUUGUUGUUGAAGCCACAUUUAUAGGAGAUAUGAUAGCCAUCUUCAAGUAUCUAAAGGGCUGUCGCUUGGAGGAUGGAGCAAGCCUGUUUUCUCCUGCUCCGGACGGUAGGGCUCAAACCAAUGGCUUCAAAUGACAAGAAUGGAGAUUCCAACUAAACAUCAGGAAGAACUUUCUGACAAUAAGAGAUGUUCGACAGUGGAAAAACUUGUGGGAAGUGUCAGGAGCUCAAGUAGGACCCGGGCAGAGACACAUGCCCAACUGGCAUGUUCUCUCCCUCCUGGUCGUUUGUUCAGGAACUUCAAAAACUUUCUUCAGCCCAAACAUCACAGCGACCGAUGCCAACAGACAUCGGCACACUUAGGGAUCCGCAGAGUCUUCGCAGCUUGCGUGACAGACCUCAGCAACUCAGCAUUUUGGUUAAUCUACUUUUUUACCAUAUAAACACACACGGAGCACUGCAACAUGGCUCCCUCUCUCUAUAGCAUCAGACAGCAAAGAGAAAGAACAAAGGACAAUAAUCCCACUUCACAGAACACAGUAACACAAACAUCCUGUCUCUGUCACUUCCCACUCUGUGGAGUCAAAACAUACACCGUCAUGUGAUAGACAAAAAUCCCAUGACUGCAAUCAUGAAGCAGGAAUUCUAACAGGAAGUGCCAUUAAAGAUAAAAUAACCAAGCAUGUAGAAGAACAAGCCUUGCUGAAGCAGAGCCAGCAUGGCUUCUGCAAGGACAAGUCUCAUCUCAUGAACCUUUCAAAGUCUGUCGAGAGUGUCAACAGCAUAAAGAGCGAGAUGAUCUGGUUGAUAUAACGUAGUGUUUUCUAUGAGGAAAGGGUGCAGCAUUUGAGACUUCUUAGUCUAGAGAAAAAGCAAGUAAUAAGUGGAAUGGUCUCCUCUAGAGGUGGUAACCCUCUAGGAGGUUUUUAAGCAGAGGUUGGGUGGCCAUCUCUCAUGGAUGCUUUAGCUCAGUUUCCAGCACUGCCAGGGGUUGGACUAGAGGACCCUUGGGGUCGCUUCCAACUCAACAAUUCUACAACUCUAUCAUGUCUCCAUCUACAUCCCAACUCCCCCUACUUCGCUGAGCCACUGGCUGUUGCACUGCCUGCCUUAGUCACCAGAAUCACACCUUCCUCCUUCGCCCAUGACUCAGCAAGCCCAUUCCCUGGCCAUCUUGCAACUGAGAAUUGUUUUGAGUAGUUGUGGACAUGUCCAGAUGUCACCAUAUGCCUCUCCUCCCCCCAUGUUUUCCUCUACUUUGCCAAGAUGGGGAAGCCCCACCUUCUGCAGAGGAGUCAAGGAUGUAUAGCAUAUGGCGAGGCAUUGAGCUGUUCUCUCCUAACAGCUAAAUCAUGAAUUCAUGUGAGCAAGAAUUUCUGUAUUCGCUGACUUUAUCACUGAGAAGAUCAGUGGUCCUGAGAGAUUACCGGCUGUCACAUGUGCUUCCAGCUAAGGAUGUGGGGGAUUCUCUUCUGUUUGCAUUGGAAGGCAAACUUAGCAAAUCCGCAUUUUAUGAAACAAGACAUAAACUGAAAUAUAGCCAAAAUUUGAAAUUCUCAGAGUUCUCUGAAUUUUGUAAUGCAUUGUCCAAAAAUGUGUUUACUGGGGUGAAGUGUGCAUAUAAAUACAUAUACAGUUGUACCUCAGCUCCCGAAAGCCUUGGGAGUCGAACAUUUCGGCUCCUAAACAAUCGAAAACCGGAAGCAAGUGUUCUAGUUUUUUAACGUUCUUUUGGGAGCCGAACGUCCGACAGGACUUCCACGGCUUCUGAUUGGCUGCAGGAGCUUCCUGCAGCCAAUCAGAAGCCGCCUUUUGGAAGUUGAAUGUUUCGGAAGUCGAACGGACGUCCGGAACAGAUUCUGUUCGACUUACAAGGUAUUACCGAAAAGGGGAAAUUGCUUUGCAAAAAGUGUGUAGCUUAAGGGAAAUUGCAUAUAAAUAGGUAAUUAUUUAUUUCUGUAGGUGAAGCCGUUACAAAGCAACGUACAUAAAAACAAAGUAAAAUACAUUAUACUGUUAGGGGGGUGUAAUGAGUAUGAGUUACUCGUGCGUAAACUGGUGCCUCUCUAGGCUGAUUUGCCUUGUUAAACCUUUCUGACUGCACAGCCCCUUCUGAUCAUGACUGUCUCAGUCACUAGCAGAAUCCGUCAGUGGGCGUUUCUUGAAUCUCUUCCAACAUAAGAGUUGUUUGACACCCAAUCGCCUCCGCCUCUCACUGCGCGGGAGCCUUCUGCGCAGGGUGGGCGUGGGUAGCUGGGAACCUGUCCCCUCCUCACUGAGUUCCAGUGAAGAGUCCGUGAGCCCUCUCUCCGAUUUUCCCAUCUGCUCACUUUUGUUCCUGGUGUUGCGCUUUAAAUGCUUCCCCUCCACUGAGUCGCCUCUCCCCCUGCUGCUGGGUCCUUCUCCAGCAUCAUCCAGGAGCCUCCCCUUCGCCUCUCGCUCUGAUGUCAGUUCCCUGACAGGGGGAAAAUAUUAAAACUAUUUUUGGCAUUCUGCCCGCAAAAAAUAUUUGCUCCACUGAAGACUAUAACUUAGCAUUCCCACAGACAUUUCUCCUUAAAAUUGCUGCUCUAAACACAAUAUAUAAGCCAAUCCCAAACAGACUGUGUUAUGAUGAUGAUGAUGACGAAGAUCUUUGUCACAAAUAUUUAAAUAUUUGUGUUCUAGUGCAAAAACAUUUCCAUAGGGGGAGUGGGUGGGAAAUGUCAGGUCUUUUCUCCGAAGAAUGACUGAAUGCUACAGACGCUUUGAUGCAUAUUGCUUCCAAGAUAUACUGACAAGUGAACAAGUGUGCGCUGACAAAGUGCCUCUCAGGCAUAUGUUGAUUUUGCAAAGAAUAUCUGCCUUUUCGGGAAAUGCAAGGAGAGCUCUGGAAAUGUAUGGAGAGGAGCAAUGGCAGUGUAAAGCAAAAGAUCUGCUUUGCAGCUCACUGUUUGGACAAAUGAAAAAUGAUUUACAGUACCUGAAAGUCCUCCCCUUUCCCUAUGGACCGUGUCAGAUGUUAAGAUCAGCAAGAAGGCCCUCUUGGCCAGGGGUCAGCAACCUUUUCCAGCUGUGGGACGGUCCACUGUCCAUUGUGGGGGGGCUGGACUAUAUUUUUUUGGGGGGGUGAAAUUAAUGAAUUCCUAUGCCCCACAAACCACCCAGAGAUGCUUUUUAAAUAAAAGCAGACAUUCUACUCAUGUAGAAGAGUUUGGAUCUGAUAUCCCGCUUUAUCACUACCCGAAGGAGUCUCAAAGCGGCUAACAUUCUCCUUUCCCUUCCUCCCCCACAACAAACACUCUGCAAGAUGAGUGGGGCUGAGAGACUUCAAAGAAGUGUGACUAGCCCAAGGUCACCCAGCAGCUGCAUGUGGAGGAGCAGAGACGUGAACCCGGUUCCCCAGAUUAUGAGUCUACCACUCUUAACCACUACACCACACUGGCUGUAAAAAUACCAGGCAGGCCCUACAAAUAACCCAGAGAUGCAUUUUAAAUAAAAGCACACAUUCUACUCAUGUAAAAACACACUCAUUCCCGGACCAUCCGCCAGCCAGAUUGAGAAGGCGAUUGGGCCGCAUCCGGCCCCCGGGCCUUAGGUUGCCUACCUCUGCUCUUGGCAGUUCCACCACCCUCAGACGUUUUGGGUGUGUGACCCAGAAGAAGGAAUUCUCUGGCAACCCCUAAAUUGUGGACUUCCCUUCCCACAGAGGUGUGUUUGGCACCUUCGUUGUCUUCUUCUUUGGCAAUCCCUUGUAGCCAAGUAAGAUUGUCUUCCAUGAACACGGUUUUAACAGUGAGUCUGUAAGUGACUAUGGAGGUCAAUUCUGGAUCUACAUGUCCUUCCACAGUGGAGACAUAGGUUUCCGGGUGGGAGUUGAUCAUGGUGAGGGUUUGCCAAGCGUGCCUUCCUCUUAGCACGUUUCUCCCUUUCAUCCUGAGUUCGAGCGUCUUCAAAGCCCAAGACACCUUUGGUAAAGGCUGUUCUCCAAUUGGAGCACUCGCAGGCCAGUGUUUCCCAGUUGUCGGUGUUUAUACUACUUUUUUUUAAAAAAAUAAUAUUUAUUGAUAAUUUCAAAAUUACAAGAAAAAGAGAAAAUAAAAAACAACACUACAAUACAAAAAAAGAAAACAAUAAAAAAGAGAGAAAAGCACAAAAUACAAUACAGCAAAAGAAAGUAAAAGUAAAAGUAAAAAAAAAGAAAAAAGAAAAAAAACACAAAUCCCAAAUUGCAUAUCCAUAAUUUCCAUUUGCUUGUUUCAUUGACCUCCUCACACCUCCGUUUUUGUGUUCUAGUUUAGUAAUUAUUUCAGCAAAUUCUUUCCAUCUUUCUCAAUUUUUGUUAUAAAAUUUAUCUUAACAAUUUAACCUAUUAAUUAACUCGACAAAUCCUUACCAUCUUUCCCCAUAUUCUGUUAUUCAGAUUACCUUAAUUUAUUAAACCUUAUCUUACCCCUAAGUACCUUACAACUUAAAUCUUAGUUUUCAAAUAUACAUAGCUCCUGAUAUCAUUUCUGCUAGAGUCAUAUAGUUUCAUUCCCACAUUUUCCCUAAUAUUCAUUAGCUAAUUCUAAAAAAUAAAAGAUUUCCAUUAUAAAUUCUCUUCCAAUCAUCAUCCAGCGUCUCUUCUUCCUGGUCUCGGGUCAUGUCAGUCCUUAUUGUCCAUUCCAUCUAGUCCAUCAACCUGGAAGCCUUAUGUCCGAGGCCCUUAAAUCUCUUCCAUGUCCCUUCUGCAAUUCUUCUUCAUCUUGUUUGUGCUUGCCUCUUUCCUUGUCUUUUGUUGGUCUCUGUCUUAGUUUCUUUCCUUUCUCAUUGAGGAGUAGGUCUCUGGGGGAUUCCAGCCCAAAAUUGUCUCCAUCACCCUUCAUCCAGCUCGCCCAUUCCCCACAGUCCCACUCCCCACAGUCCUCGAUAUAAUCCAAAAUGUAUUUAAAAUCAAAUUUCAAAGUCUCUCCAAAGCUAGGAACCUCCUCAUCUCCAGACUCCCCUUGGCCCACUCCAGCUUCAAUCUUCAAUAACAGCGGUUUAUGCUCCUGUAGGGCCUCGGGUCUCUCCAUUUGUACUAUUUGAGGUGCAGCCGCAUCCUCCUCCAUUGUCAUCUGCACUUGCCCAGUCAGUACAGAUUGAUAGGUUGGUUCUUGGAUGAUUUCUAUAUCAAUGUUAUUAACCACAACAGUCAAAUCCAUUUUCUCAUUCAUCAAGUCCAUCUUCUCAUGCAUCUGUUCCAGCAAAGCAUUUGUCUUGCAUAAAGCAAGCACCCAGUCUUUCUCCCAGCUCAUCUUUGUUCAAGGUCAGAAAAGACUGUUCCCACAGUCUUAAUCUCACAGAUGUUGGGUCUCAAAUAUGCUGCAGCAACAAUUUAACAAGCUCCCUCUAGAGGAGACAAUCUACUUGUAUCCAUUUUUAUUUAUUUUUUAAGACAAAGGAAAGUUACUUUCAUUUUUCAGAUAUUUCAGAUGUUUUUCAAGUAUUUUGUUUCUUUAAAAUGCAAAAGGCAACAUUAGAAUCAACUUGUUUCUCUUCAUUAGCUAACUGUCAUAGUGUUACGUUCACAGUCAAUGAACCUCUCCAACAGUUUCUGUCUCUGACACCCCGUUCCCAGGUUAGAGACGGUGGAAACUUAUCCUUCUUCACUCCCUCUCCUGCUGGGGUUAAACAGAGUCCCCCCUCCCCUUUUCUCCUCCUUCCAAGGGGGGUUUCAGUCGUUCUAAAUGUAGGAAAUUUAGUCUUUUUUAACAGCUUCCCGGCUUUAGCUUGCAAAAUUUUUGCUUUAGUCUAUAUACAAAAAAGCGGAAGGCGGACUUCCUGUUUGCACCUUCCCGCUUCGAUACCAAAUUAAAACAAUUUCUUGAUCCAAUUUUCCGUUUCUACUCACGGGUACUUGUUUUAAGUCCAAUUGUCCACAGGAAAAAGUCAGCGCUCUCUGGCAAUGGCUGUGCGGCUUCACUCCGUGAAAGUAGCAGUCAGUUCGUAGCACCGCGCUUCUCACCCCACUUCGCUCCGGAGCCCCUAAAUGGGAUUCCCCGCGAGUAGGGGGGCGCUUCUGGUGCCCUGCCGAACCCCACGUUCCCAGGCUUCCUCCGCCUGGGAUUUCUAGCGGGUCCCCACCUUCGCCGCGGCGGGAAGACCCAAUUUCCACGGAGCCCGUUCCUCCGGUCGGGGGAACUCCGCCAUUCACCAAUGGCGCUGACCCGGAAAUCCUAUACUACAUUUUUUAAGAUUUGCCUUGAGAGAGUCUUUGAACCUCUUUUGUUGACCACCAGCAUUACACUUUCCAUUUUUAAGUUCGGAAUAGAGUAGUUGCUUUGGGAGACAAUAAUCAGGCAUCUGCACAACAUGACCAGUCCAAUGAAGCUGAUGUUGAAGAAUCAUUGCUUUGACACUGGUGAUCUUUGCUUCUUCUAGUACACUGACAUUAGUUUACCUGUCUUCCCAAGUGAUGUGUAAAAAUUUUCAGACUUCCCUUCCCACACUGGUGUGUUUGGCACCUUCAUUGUACAGCUUUCCCUUUAUACCAAGGAUAAACCUCUUCACCCUGGUCUUUGACACUUGAGAUACAUAUAUUUUAGGACCUACUGUAGUGGUGAUUGUAAACUAUUUUCAAUGCUGUAUUUUGUAUUGCUGUACCCUGUCCUCAGAUCGUCUGGGAAAAGGCAGGUAAUAAGUAUAACAACAACAACAACAACAACAACAACAAUUUAAUUAAUAACUCAUCAUUAUGUCAGAUGAUGGCCGGUGGGUGCACCUCAUCCCUUGUCAAAGUUGGCCCAUGGGGUGCAGGAUAGAUAAAGACCUGACCCACAGGGUCAAAAAUGUUCCUUACCCCAAUUAAUUUUCUCAUAUCAAUGACUUCCAUUCUUCUCUUUCCAUGGUUCAUUUUGCUUAUCAUAAAAGGUAAAGGGACCCCUGACCAUUAGGUCCAGUCAUGGCCAACUCUGGGGUUGCAGUGCUCAUCUCACUUUAUUGGCCAAGGGGGCCGGCGUACAGCUUCCAGGUCAUGUGGCCAGAAUGACUAAGCCGCUUCUGGCGAACCAGAGCAGUGCACGGAAACACCGUUUACCUUCCUGCUGGAGCGGUACCUAUUUAUCUACUUGCACUUUGAUGUGCUUUUGAACUGCUAGGUUGGCAGGAGCAGGGACCGAGCAACGGGAGCUCACUCCGUCGCAGGGAUUCGAACCGCCGACCUUCUGAUCGGCAAGUCCUAGGCUCUGUGGUUUAACCUACAGCACCACCCGCGUCCCAUCUUUGCAUAUCAUAUUUUACAAAAACUAAACCAUUCAGUAUUCCAUUACUGCAUCCAUCAAAACUUAUUUACACUGUUGAAUUUAUCUUAAUGCUGCCAAUGUUUUCAGGUGUGCACAAUUUCCCCCCAUAUAUUCAAUAAACAUUUUCCAAUCUUCUCUAAACAUAUGUUCCUCUGGUUCUCUUAUUCUAUAUGUUAAGCCUGCAAGCUGCGCAUAUUCUGUCAGUUCAAGUUGCCAUUCUUCUUUAGUUGGGAGUUUUCCAUUUUUGGGCUAACAAAACAUUGGAUUCACUGGAGAUCACUAGAAACCUGCAGAGCUGUCUCCAAGACAAACCAGGCUGUUUUAUUUAAGUUGGAAGCUUUUUAAAAAGCAGUUCAGCUGCGGCAACGUUUCCCUUUCAUUAACCCUAUUAGAAAUAGGUGUCCAGAUGGGUGAAAGGUUGUCGCCUUGAUGAGCUCAACUCCUUCCUCUGGUUUUUUUAAGGGUUGCCAAGGCAACCGGCCUAGCAAUGACAUCAGAUCUCAUUAAAGGCCCAAGUAGGACACCGAGUUGCUAAGCUACUGGCCUUGCUUAUGACAUUUCUCAGAAUGACUCACCCCAUUAGGAUAACUCAAAGCAAAUAUUGUGCACACAGACCACAGCUGGUGGGCACUUAGAGUCUCGGCUGGAAACAGGGCCGGCUGGCGUUGCUUCUCUUUCCGUUCUCAUUUGUUUGAGGUAGCAAGUCUUGCUUGACAUCAUUUAGUGCUUGAAAAUCUUGUUCUGCAUUUUGUUUGUGGGGAAACAGUUUUAGGGAAGUGACGCUGUGAUCCUGCCAGGGACAAAACCUAAAUGGCCUCAACAGAAAUUGCUUCUCGGCAGAUAAAGUUGGGGUUGCACUAUAGUGAGAGAGAAUGUGGCAACACCUUGCAAAAACUAUUAUUUUAUGGCCUUGUAGAAGCUGCUUUGGUUUCUAGUCCUUGUGGAUACAGAAUUUGAAAAUGUGAUAAUAAGGGGUCGUGUAAUUUGAGCUGCUCGCAGUUUCUUGGUUUUACAAUCUUCAGUUCAUUCCUCCACCUUUCCACAUCUGUUUGCAAUUAAAAACAACAACUCGUCAUGAAAAUCAAUCAGUGUAAAUGUCGCCUGGUAUCUAUACAUUUUUGUAUGCAAUUCUGCCUAAUAUUCACAGCUUUGCAAAUCAACUUUCCCAAAUAUAAUACAUAUUCUGUGUUGUUUUCAAUAACACAUCCACGUAUAUCCACAUUUUCCCUUUAUACAGUGGUACCUCGGGUUACAUAUGCUUCAGGUUACAGACGCUUCAGGUUACAUAUGCUUCAGGUUACAGACGCUUCAGGUUACAUAUGCUUCAGGUUACAGAUGCUUCAGGUUACAUAUGCUUCAGGUUACAGACUCCGCUAACCCAGAAAUAGUCCCUCGGGUUAAGAACUUUGCUUCAGGAUGAGAACAGAAAUCGUGCUCCAGUGGCGCGGCGGCAGCAGGAGGCCCCAUUAGCUGAAGUGGUGCUUCAGGUUAAGAACAGUUUCAGGUUAAGUACGGACCUCUGGAACGAAUUAAGUACUUAACCUGAGGUACCACUGUAUAUGCAUUCUAUUACACAUAACGUGGCUGGAGAAGUGAUGCAAAAUUUGCAGAACUGCAGAUUUCAAAGGCUGGCUGUAUUUCAUUUCAUGUAUUGCUUCAGAAAGUGCAGAGUACGUAGGUUUCUAACCUGCUAUAUAAUUUCCCCCCAUAUAAACUGACUCUUUUUUUCACAAUUGAAGGCAACAUUUUUAGAAUAAGAAUAUUGUUAGCAUGUCUGAAGGCCAUAGUUUGCUGCCCCCCAUAUCAUGUUGUGCUCAUUGUGCAGAGGUAAAAGAUCUCUCUUGUUCUCAUUGGCAGGGUGGCGUACAAAGGGAGCACAAUAGUUAGUGAGUGCAGAGGGUGCUAUAAUAGAACAAGACUGAGGAAUUUUUUGCCUCAGUGGGCCAAAUCCUUAUCAGGAUUGACCUUGCAGGGCAAAUUGACAGGUGAGCGGGGUCACGCACCUGUCAAUUACUUGACAUUGCAAUGACAUCAGGUGAUUUGAUUUCUUGAAGCCUUAAGCUGGGACUUCAAGGCACCUCCAGGCAGCAAGGCACUGCUAAAAUGGUAGGGGGGACCUUUGUUUUAGCACGAGUUUUGAUGCAAUAAUCUGUUUGUGAUCAGGAAAGGGGUUGUGUUGAAUCUGCUGAACUGAGCAUGUUUUAACCCCUCUCAUCAACUGAUUAAAAGGUAAAGGUCCAGUCGUAACCGACUGGGGUUGUGGCGCUCAUCUCGCUUUAUUGGCCAAGGGAGCUGGUGUACAGCUUCCGGGUCAUGUGGCCAGCAGGACUAAGCCGCUUCUGGCGAACCAGAGCAGCGCAUGGAAAUGCCGUUUACCUUCGCGCUGGAGUGGUACCUCUUUAUCUACUUGCACUUUGACGUGCUUUCAAACUGCUAGGUUGGCAGGAGCAACGGGAGCUCACCCUGUCGCAGGGAUUCAAACCGCCGACCUUCUGAUCAGCAAGUCCUAGGCUCUGUGGUUUAACCCACAGCGCCACCCGCGUCCCUCAUCAACUGAUUAGCAAGGGGUUAAAUCCUGGGGAGCUGGCUGCACAUGUCAGCUCUUCGCAGGAAACGGGGGUGUGCAGUCAGCACAGAAUUGAACACAAACUCGUCCAUCAGCUGACAUCACCCACUCUUCGAAAUGAUGUCACUUGAUUGAGAGGUGGGUGUGGUUUUGGAAAAAUUGCCUCAUAGGCCUCUGACAGGCCCAGAGUCUGAAGGUUCCCCACAGUCAUAGAAGUCCCCAUUCCCCAUGCACCCCUUCUGAAAUCAUUUUCAUUUCUCCUCUGGCUGCAGGCAUAACUGCAGGCCAUUGCUGCUGCUACAUAUUCCCUCUUCCUCAGUUAAAACGGAAGAAUAUUAAACUGGCCUUUUGUCGAAUGCAGCAGGCAUGUCUAUGAAUAGAUUUCAUUUUUGGUUCUUGGUAUUUUAUACGCAGCAUUAUUUUAUUUAUUUUUUAAUUUUAUUUUCAAACAUGCAAAUAAAUACAUAGUUAACAAAUACAUACAUUGACAACUUCUCUAAAAGUCGAAUAAUAUAAAAGUUAGAAACCAUACAUCUCAACGUCUUUAAAAAGAAAGAUAAGAGGGGGGGGCAAACAAAAAAUAAAAAAUAAAGACAAGACAAUAACAAAAAUAAUAAUUCAAUAUGUAUCUUCUGUUAGAUACUAUUCAACGCGAUUCAGUCCUAGAGUAACAUUUUUUGUAUGUAAUACGUUUCCAUAUGGAUUGAAUCUCCAUGUGUAUUUUAAUUGUUGUGGACUUCCAUCUACCUAUUUUCAUCCUAUGUGCUUUUUAAACAUCUGAAAACCUGUAUUUUCCUCAAUGCAAGGAAAUAAUUCAUUACUUUGCAAACCCAUCAAAUCAAGCCUCAUAUAAGCCCGUUCUAAUGCGCAGGGAUGAAUAUCUUCUGCUUCUACUUUCUAGAAAACCUGGACGCAAUGAUAGCUCUACAGACAAGAAAGAAACUCGAAAAGCCCAGCACCAAAAACAAGCUGUCAUCAGGUAUUUAUUUAUUCUGAUAUUGCGUUGCUUUUAUAGCUUUGUUCCCAGUAGAUAUAAUCAACUGCUUAUUGCACAGCUGUCCAAUCGAUUUAAAUAAUAAAAGCCUUCUGUCGUGAAAAUCCUCUAUUCCCUGGUGUAAUUUGAUUCCCAUAAUUUUCCAAUUGCCUUAGUCUGGCUUCUUUGGGUUGGUUUUCUACCUGAGAGCUAUCGCUCCCCAAAGCGCAUAGCUGAGUAACAGAACACAUGAUCUGCUUGCAGAAGGUUCAGUGGCAGAUCCCCGCCAAGAUGCUCCCAGUGGAUCUUGGACACAUCCACACCAUAAAUUUAAAGCAGUUUCAUGUCACUUUUAACAGCCAUGUCUCCCCACCAAGAAUCCUAGGAACUGUAGUUUGAUCAGGGUGCUGAGAAUUGUUAGGAAACCCCACUCACAGUUGUAUGAUUCCCAGCACACUUGACAACUACUGUUCCCAGGAUUAUUUAUGGGGGGAGUAAUGCCUAUUUAGGGACGCGGGUGGCGCUGUGGGUUAAACCACAGAGCCCAGGACUUGCCGAUCAGAAGGUUGGUGGUUCGAAUCCCCGCGACGGGGUGAGCUCCCGUUGCUCAGUCCCUGCUCCUGCCAACCUAGCAGGAGCUUCCGGCGGGAAGGUAAACGGCGUUUCUGUGCGCUGCUCUGGUUCGCCAGAAGCAGCGUAGUCAUGCUGGCCACAUGAUCCAGAAGCUGUACGCCUUCUCCCUCGGCCAAUAAAGCGAGAUGAGCGCCGCAACCCCAGAGUCGGCCACGACUGGACCUAAUGGUCAGGGGUCCCUUUACCUUUACCUUUUUAAUGCCUAUUUAAGAGGUAUAAGAGCUCAUUUCUGUGAAUGGCCCCAACUUCUCAUAGCUCACAAUCCACAGAGUUGGCCUAACAGAGCAGGCAAGAUGAGAUGGGGCUGUUGAUCAUCCUCUUUGUUCCUGCCAGUACCCACUUGCUUAGCUGAAGAUCCAGCCAUAAUCAGCAAGACAGGAGCAGCAGGGCCAGGAUACUCCAGGAGUUGGCAGAGGGUCUUCUGCUGGGGCCUGGCCUUGGCAGGUGUCUAUAGGUGCCAACCCUUUACUCCUGCCCCAAGGAGGUCCCAAGUUCAAUCUCCAGUGAGCAGGAUCUCAGGUGGAUUUGCUGGCUAAGCAUCAGUCUGAGAUGGUGGAGAGCUACUGACUCUCAAGAGUGUGGCCAGUGUUAUUCUACCUGCCUUAUAGCAGCUAUAAACAUUUUACUAGGCAGAGAUUUUGGUGCCAUCGGAAGACACAGGUUUGCAGCAAAUUUGCACCUGCAAAUCUAUAGGUAGAGGUGCACAUUUAGACAUAAUUUCUGUAAAUUUAUAGGUAAAGACGCACAUUUAGACAUAAUUUAUGUACAGUGGUACCUCAGGUUACAUACGCUUCAGGUUACAUAUGCUUCAGGUUACAUAGGCUUCAGGUUACAGACUCCGCUAACCCAGAAAUAGUGCUUCAGGUUAAGAACUUUGCUUCAGGAUGAGAAUAGAAAUCAUGCAGUGGCAGCAUGGCAGAAGCAGGAGGCCCCUUUAGCUAAAGUGGUGCUUCAGGUUAAGAACAGUUUCAGGUUAAGAACGGACCUCCGGAACGAAUUAAGUACUUAACCCGAGGUACUACUGUAGUUUAAAUAGAAACACAAUCUGCCUCACCAAAGUGAGGGAGGCCAACAAGGUGGCUGCCAUGCCUACUAAGACUGGGGACUACUCAGUGUUGAUGGGCAAUUUCAGCCUCCACUCUCUGUUCUGAAGUUUCUUUAUCUUUAAACAAGACUUGAAAAAGCCCUUUAAAGAGAGGGGUGUCCUCUGUGCAAGAUUCUAUUUAUCUUGCACACAAGAUAAAGUUAAAGCACCUUUAAAAGGCAUGGCUUCCCCCAAAGAACCUGGGAACUCUAGCCAUGUGCUUUGACUACGUUCUAAAUGCACGGUGUGUACACAGCCCUAAUGUACUCCUGGCAGAAAGAAGUCAGCCAAACGGCGCUUCCAAUUCCACUCGGUGCGUAAGGGUGAGCUGGUGCGCUUUCAGGAAAUGAUGCGGUUGAGAUGAUACAGGGAAACCUUCUGCUUUCAACCCCCCCACCCCCCCGCAGACAAGAGCACCGAAGAGGCCGACAGCACAAAAGCCGCAGCAGCGAAGAUGGAAAAAGAAUACGAAACGCUGAAGGAUUCGACAAAAGCCGAAGAACAAAACACAGGAAACGACGAGGAGCCCAAAGGUAAGGAGAGGUUCCUGUCCUUGCUGCUGCCAUUGUCAGAUCCAGCCCCUGGGUUUUUUUCCAGCAUGUGUCUUCAAAACCUUCUGUAAUGAAAUUAUUGUUGUGGCUGGUUGCCAAAGACCAUACGUGAAAAGAGCCCUGCAUCCUCGUCUCUUAACAGUGGCCGACGAGAUGCCUCUGGGAAGCCUAGAAGCAGAGCCUCAAGGUGCAUCCCUACCAGUAUAGAAUCAUAAAAGAAUAUAAUUGUAGAAUUGGAAGGGAUCCCCCAGAGGCCAUCUAGUCUAACCCCCUGCAAUGCAGGAGUCACAGCUAAAGAAUCCCUGACAGAUGGCCAUCCAAACUCUGUUUGAGAAUCUCCAGUGAAGGAGAGUUCACCAGCUUCCGAGGGAGUCCAUUCUACAGUCGAACAACUCUUGCCAUCAGGGAAAGUUCUUGCUAAUGUUUAGUCAGAAUCUCCAUCGGUUUGGGCCCUACCUUCUGGACCAGCAGAAAACAAGCUGGUUCCAUCAUCCAUGUCACAGCCCUUCAGAUAUUUGAAGAUGUCUAUCAUAUCACCUCUCAGUCAUCUCUUCUCCAGGCUUAGACAUCCUCAGCACUCUCAAGUGUUCCUCAUAAGGUGUGGAGUAUGAGUUACUCGUGCGUAAACUGGUGCCUCUCUAGGCUAAUUUGCCUUGUUAAACCUUUCUGACUGCACAGCCCUUUCUCAUCAUGACUGUCUCAGUCACUAGCAGAAUCCGUCAGUGGGCGUUUCUUGAAUCUCUUCCAACAUAAGAGUUGUUUGACACCCAGUCUCCUCCGCCUCUCACUGCGCGGGAGCCUUCUGCGCAGGGUGGGCGUAGGUAGCGGAGGACCUGUCCCCUCCUCACUGAGUUCCAGUGAAGAGUCCGUGAGCCCUCUCUCUGAUUUCCCCAUCUGCCCACUUUUGUUCCUGGUGUUGCGCUUAAAUGCUUCCCCCUCCACUGAGUCGCCUCUCCCCCUGCUGCUGGGUCCUUCUCCAGCAUCAUCUAGGAGCCUCCCCUUCGCCUCCCGCUCUGAUGUCAGUUCCCUGACAUAAGGCUUGCUUUCCAGACCAUUUAUCAGCUUGGUCACCCUCCUCUGCUUGUCAAUAUCCUUCUUAAACUGUGGCACCCAGAACUGGACAUGGUACUCGAGGGUGGGGUCUGACCAAGGUAGAAUAGAGUGGAUGCGGGUGGCGCUGUGGGUUAAACCACAGAGCCUAGGACUUGCCGAUCAGAAGGUCAGUGGUUCGAAUCCCCACGACGGAGUGAGCUCCCGUUGCUCGGUCCCUGCUCCUGCCAACCUACCCGUUCGAAAGCACAUCAAAGUGCAAGUAGAUAAAUAGGUAUCACUCUGGCAGGAAGGUAAACAGUGUUUCCGUGCGCUGUUCUGGUUCGCCAGAGGCGGCUUAGUCAUUCUGGCCACAUGACCCGGAAGCUGUACGCCGGCUCCCUCGGCCAAUAAAGUGAGAUGAGCGCCGCAACCCCAGAGUCGGUCACGACUGGACCUAAUGGUCAGGGGUCCCUUUACCUUUUUUAUUACUUCCCUUGAUCUGUACAAGAUACUUCUGUUGAUGCAUCCUAUAAUUGCAUGAGCUUUUUUUGGCUGCUGCAUCACACCUUUGACUCAUGUUAAGCUUGUGGUCCAGUUGUGCACUUUGAUCCUCCUCUGAAUCUGAGCUCAAAGUCUUCCAUGUCAAGGUGGGACUUUGCCUGGAGAACAGCAGUAUCGACUGGUUCCAACCCCUUGCCUGUGGUUUCCAUUUCUCAGGUCUGACUGGGCAGCUGUCAGUGCCCAAGCAACGACAUGAGGCUGUUGCAAUGAGUAAAUGGCCUCACAUAUAGUAACUGUGCUGAGUUCCUUGGAGAGCAGGUCACAAACGUGAACAAUAAAUCAGCCAUAAGAUUAUCACAUCAAAUGAUUGAUUAAUGCUUUUAGCCCUAAACAGAAGGAAACAGGAAAGCAAUGUUGAGCCUCUGGUCUAAGCAACGCAGUAUAACUGGGGUUGAUAUACUGAAUUCGGAGCAAUUAGCGUCCUUUAUUUUUUCUUUCAGACUCGAAUGCUACUUUUGCGACCUAAAUUCAAUACAUUCAGUGCACCACUAUAGCUAAAGAUUUUCACCUAAUUGCAUCUAUCCCUUUUUAAGAACGUAAAAUCAUUAGUGAGCUCAAUAGUCUGGGCCAGGCAUAUUGAUUGGUCUGUAACAUGAGAGGUGCUGUAAAAAACCAACGUCUGCAAGUCGAUUUCCAGCGCAUAAUGCUGCCCCCUGAAUGGCUCAGAACAAAGUGCCCAUAUGAUGGAUGAGGUGGAGGCUUUCAACAUCCCUUCUCCACAUCACCACUUGUGCAAAGUCGUAUGUAGAGAAUGGCGAAACAGAAACUUGGCAGUGAUGUCUGAUCUGCGAUUUUGACGAUGAUACAAUUUAUUCCCUGCCCUCAUACAAAAAUAAUGCUCCUCCAUUUGCAGGUGUCAGGAGUGGGGGGGGGGGCACUUUGACCAAUCUCUUGGGAGGGGUGUAUGCAAAAAAUAAUAAUCAGCUUAUAAUUGCAACAAACCAGGGGUAGGCAGCCUAAGGCCCAGGGGCUGGAUCUGGCUCAAUCGCAUUCUAAAUCUGGCCCGCGGACAGUCUGGGAAACAGCAUGUUUUUACAUGAGUAGAAUGUGUGCUUUUGUUUAAAAUAUAUCUCUGGGUUAUUUGUGGGGCAUAGGAAUUCUUUCAUAUAUAUUUUUCAAAAUAUGGUCUGGCCUACCACAUGGUCUGAGGGAUGGUGGACCGGACCACGGCUGACAAAGGUUGCUGACCCCUGCAACAGACUUUUGUUGUUGUGUUUCCCUUUCUACUCAGUUUUAUAACCCUUGCCACAAAAAAGUAGCUGCAUCCCUCUUGGUGGUGGCCAAAAUUUCUCUCCCUCCCUUUAUCCAGGAGACAUUCUAGGACAGCUGUUCCCAACCUGGUGCCCUCCGAAUGUUGUCGGACUCCAACUCCCAUCAGACCCAGAUAGCAGAGCCAAUGGUCGUAGAAUCGUAGGGCUGGAAGGGACCAUGAAGGUCAUCUGGUUCAACCCCCUGCAAUGCAGGAAUCUUUGACCCAACUUAGGGCUCGAACCCACGACCCUGAGGUUAAGAGUCUGGUGUUCGAUGGGAGCUGCCGUCAAGCAGUUAGAAGCAGUUUCCCUUUUGGUGCAAAACUGCUAUGCAAAUUUUGCAGCGAGUGACUCACUGUUGCUUGCAGAGAGUUAGAGGUGGCAGGGAGGUCAUGGUGAAGAAGAGUUUGGAAGAGUUUGGAUUUGAUAUGCCACUUUAUCACUACCCUAAGGAGUCUCAAAGUGGCUAACAUUCACCUUUCCCUUCCUCCCCCACAACAAACACUCUGUGAGGUGAGUGAGGCUGAGAGACUUCAGAGAAGUGUGACUAGCCCAAGGUCACCCAGCAGCUGCAUGUGGAGGAGCAGGGAAUCGAACCCGGUUCACCAGAUUACGAGUCCACUGCUCUUAACCACUACACCAUGCUGGCUCUCCCGUCAGAGCAAACUGGCAUGCCUGCUGGCGAGUUUGCCAUGUGCUGACCUGCCCACCAGCUUGCACCUUCCCUUCCCGCUCCCAGUAAACAAGGACGACUCAUCUGCCACAAAGUUUGCAUAACCUCUCCACCCCACUCAGCAAGUAGCUUCUGCCAAUAAUAUCUGGAGGGUCUCGUCCUGAAGAAGUCUACUCUGGGAUAUUUGAGUGGGGGGAUAACAGCUGCCAUUUGCCCCCGAAUGCCCCAGAACCACACUCCACCCAAGGCAUUCUGGGGAAAGCAUAGUGGCCAUUCAGAAGACCUAUGCAACUCUCUGCCCUCAAAGCUUCAGUCACCAAAUAAUAGAGGCAUGUUCAGACCCAGAAACCUCCCCCCUAAAUAAAUUCACACAUGACUCAAAUUUUGGUUCGGUUUUUGGCAGAAUUUAGGCCACAACUUUAUUGACUGCAGAAAGUGAUUGGUUGCAUAGGCUCUGGUUCGACUAGCUCCCUGCCAUGCAGGUAGUGCUGACCCAGGGCACCAGCAUAGGUCAGCCAAGGGUGAACACCUGGAUAAGCGGAAAGCCGGGCACGGGCUAACUCCACCCCCCAAAUGUCACCCUGGACUCAGGCACGGGCACAACCCCCUCACAGGGGCUGACCAAACCAUCGAGUCCCUGGAUUCCUUUAACGGAAUACCCUUCACAUAGGGAUGGUGAGAGCGUUCUCCCAUCCCUGUCACCUGAACCAGAGCCUAUCCACAACCUUACAAGUUGUGACGAUUUGCUACGCGGCAGGCAAAACCAAAAUGGCAACAGCCAAUCAGCCAAGUGGGGAACAUUCCUGCCAUGCCCUGUCUCAAUGACAGAUGACACAAGACGGCAUAGCAAGGUCAAGCGCACAGCCCUAAAUAUAGGGAGAGGUGGGCAGAUGUUCCGAAUGCACACGCUGAAAGAGGAAGCUCUGGGUCACGUGCAUGGGCAUAAAUAGGUCCCUCAAACCAUUUGGACUGUGCCCCAUUGGCCAGAUUGCACCCAGCUUUGAGGGACCUACCAAUUGGGUGUUGUGGCUGACCAAUCGUACUCACCCACAACACAGGGUGUCGGCUGUCCAGGUCUCACCGCAAUACGUGCCCUCUUUAAGGGAGGACCCGAUUUGUGAAUAACUGCUUUUCUUUCUUCCUUUUGAGUGACUGUCUUGUACGCCAUGAUCAGAAUAUUGUUAAUUUGUUGAAACCAUAGAUUUAUUUAUUUUAAAAAAUGCAAAUUUCAUGUAUAUAGUCUACAUACUAAUUAAGCAAAGUUGACAGAGUUAACCAGAAUACCAUACAUAUUUCAAAUGAUUUGCUACAGGUUGAGACUAAUUAUAUAUAUUCUGCUGCCAAUUGGCUAUGCAUUUUAAUAGCAGCAACCCAGGAAUUAGCCUUUAUUUCUGGAAUAGCAGGUUUGACAUCUGCUGGCGGAAAAUUGACAUAAAAACCAAAAGAUCCUCCUGGGUGACAUUGAAGCGGUAAAUACAUACUUUAUUUAAAGCUAAUUCACCACAUAUGUUCAACUCUACUCCCAUUUAAUUCACAACCCCUAUUGAAUUCACUGGACUUGCAUGAUAAUAAAUCAGAGGGAGUUGGGCUGUUGCAUUCUUCACCAUAGCCUGGUUUUCUAUGCAAAACAAAAAAAUAUUAUCCCACUGCUAGCGCUUAAUUCACCUGUUCUUCAAAUUACCGGCUCUUGAGGGAAUGAGCCACACAGAACAAUUGGGGCAAGAUUUCAUCUGUGAAGCUCCAGCAAAGUUAAGCGAUCAGAAUCCAUUAAACUAUUAUAUUCCACUAGAGACCACAUUAGGUUAUCUUUUGUCCUGGUUGCCCUGUAGACACAAUGACUCACGGUGGUAUAGAAUUUUAAGCACUAAUUUAAGUCGCGGCUCCCACUAUUCUUUCUCCCUUUUUUCUAACGCCCUGUCUGUUGUCUGCUGCCUGACUCUGUCCUUCUUUCCUCUUCAACUUUGCAUGCUAUGGCUUCACUUUCUAAGCAGCUCCUGCUCCCAUGUACAUCUGUGCACUGCAUUUGUGGAGAGCUGAUAGAGGGGAGCAGAUAGGGCUGUUAUGCUCAGUGGGAAGAGCACUGUUGCACUGAGGUCCCACCUGCAGACUUCCUAGAGGCAUCUGGUGGAAAGAUGGGCUCCUAGCCUGAUCUUGCAGGGCUCUUCUUCUGUUAAGGCUCUCUGUUGUUGUUGUUGUUGUUGUUGUUGUUGCUGCUACUAAUCAUAAUUAUUUUAUUGUUUAUAUGCUGCCCAUCUGACUGGGCUGCCCCAGCCGCUCUGGGCAGCUUCCAACAAAAUAUUAAAAAUACAAUAAAACAUCAAACAUUAAAAACUUCCCUAAACAGGGCUGCCUUCAGAUGUCUUCUAAAAGUCAGAUUGUUGUUUAUUUCCUUGACAUCUGAUGGGAGGGCGUUCCGCAGGGCGGGCGCCACUACCGAGAAGGCCCUCUUCCUGGUUCUCUGUAACUUCACUUCUCACAAUGAGGGAACCGCCAGAAGGCCCUCAGAGCUGGACCUCUGUGUCUGGGCUGAACAAUGGGGGCGGAGACUGGGCUGAGGACAUUUAGGGCUUUAACGGUCAGCAUCAACACUUUGAAUUGUGCUCAGAAACGUACCGGGAACCAUCCUAUUUGUGGGCGGUGAGAUUGGUGGUGGGGGAGCAUUCUCCUGAAUAUUUGGGAUGGGAGGAUGGUAAUUCUGCUGCAAUUUGGAUGGUGACAAAAAAAGAAAACUCAGAAAACUAAUCAGAAAACUCCCUGGGAAAAUUGCUGGCUCACAUUACACCCAACAUGAUACUUGCAAUGGUCAAAUAACCAAGGUCCUUGGUCCAAGGAGCAUCUUUAAAAACUGGGCAUGUGGUGCGGACAUGAAUCUUCAGGAUGUCUCCCCUCUUUCCCAUGACUUUACCUUCUGCGCAAUCAUCAGCACAUUGUGCCAUCGGGGUAGAAAACAGAGGAUGUCCAGAAAGUCAGUCAGUCCAUCUGAACAGCUUUCAAGACAAGAACAGAAGAAGUGAUCUGAAUGGCUGCUAACUGAACCAACUGGCUGGGCUUUCAACUGACCCAGGGAUCCUUUCAAAUAACUCGCCUGGCCUCCUAGGAAACAAAACAUUCCCCAGGAUUCCACAGCUGGUUGUGAGGUCAGAGCCUGGCCAAGAACUGGAGCCAAUGGGCUCUGGGCUCCAGGAACGCUCUCUCUGCCAGGCCCAGGGCACCACUGGGCAACCUCAGGCAGCUGCCAAACGUCUGACCCACCUUCUUUCCCUCAGAGAAUCCCGGGCACUGAAGUUUACCUCUCACAGAGGUAUUCCCAGCAACUGAACAAGAAUAAGAAUAGUUUACUUAUACACCGCCCAUCGGGCUGGGUUUCCCCAGCCACUCUGGGCAGCUCCCAACAGAAUAUUAAAACAGAAUAAAACAUCAAACAUUAAAAACCUCCCUAAACAGGGCUUCCUUCAGAUGCCUUCUAAAAGUCAGAUAGUUGCUUAUUUCCUUGACAUCUGAUGGGAGGGCGCUGCACAGGCCAGGCGCCACCACCAAGAAGGCCCUCUGCCUGGUUUCUUGUAACCUCACUUCUCACAGUCAGGGAACCAUCAGAAGGCCCUCGAAGGUGGACCUCAGAGUCCGGGUAGAACGAUGGGGUUGGAGACGCUCCUUCAGGUAUACUGGGCUGAGGCUAUAUAGGGCUUUUAAGGUCAGCACCAACACUUUGAAUUGUGCUCAGAAACGUACCGUGAGCCAGUGCAGAUCCUUCAAGACCGGUGUUAUAUGGUCCCUGCAGCCACUCCCAGUCUUGCAGCCACAUUCUGGAUUAGCUAUAGUUUCCAAGUCACCUUCAAAGGUAGCCCACGCACAUCACAUUGCAUUAGUCCAAGCAGGAGAUAACCAGAGCAUGCACCACUCUGGCAAGACAGUCCAUGGGCAGGUAGGGUCUCAGCCUGCGUACCAGGUGGAGCUGGUAGACAGCUGCCCGGGACACAGAAUUGACCUGCGCCUCCAUGGACAGCUAUGAGCCCAGAAUGACUCCCAAGCUGCGCACCUGGUCCUUCAGGGGCACAGUUACCCCAUUCACAAGGGCUGUGUUCUCUCUGCCUCCACUGCUGGAGGGAGUAUGUGUCUGAAUGCUGGGGAUCAUGAGUUGAAGCACAUGGUUGCAUUGAGGUCCUGCUUGGGGGCUUUUCAUAGACAUCUGGUUGGCCAUGUGAGCAGAAUGCUGGAGUAGAUGGGUCCUUGGUCUGCCCCAGCAGGGCCUUUCUUGUGUUCUUAUGCUCUUAGUGAUGACAUUGGUCCAACCAAAAGGCUAUGGUACAGCCAGAGGCAGAUGGGCAAAUGAGGAGGCCCUGGGUGGACUGUGGCACUGAGACCCAUCUCAGUGUUGCUCCCCAACCCACGCUGCAAGCUUAAGAACAGUGUUUGGAACUGACUGGUUUGGUUUAAUAAAUUCACCAAAUUAGUUCAAAAUUCUCUGAACUAUCCCCGAAAGUAGUUCCUAUUCUUGCUGAGCGAUAGGAGUGUGAAUUAGUUCAUGUUAGGGGUAGAACUUAGAAUGAGUUCAUCUUCCAGUUCAUUUUCUUCUAUGUGUGUGGGGGGGGGGUAUUUGUUUUGUUUUAUUAUUGAGACUCUUUAGACCUUUAAGCUUAAAAUCAUAAUUUGGGGGAGGAUAAAUUAAAUUAUAUAAUUUACAUUCCACUUUGUGUGUGUUUUGACGUUUUCUUAGUCUAUAUUGCGCAGCAGCUUGUAACAUUCUGAAUGCUGAAUUUGGCGGGGGGGCAUGCCAAGGAUUAUGUGGGUAAAUUUGAACUGACUGUGAAACAAACUAGUUCUUUUCGUAAAGGAGCAAAUAUGAACUGGGAUGUUUCCUUUUGGACAUGUUGAACUUGAACUAGAGCUAGUUUCUUUUGAAAUGUACCUUCCCAAAUUCUAAUGAUAGAUUGUGUUUAAGACAUGCUGUAAUGAAUCAUUGCAUAUAAGAACGGGAAGAUCUGCCAAUCACAGUUUUCUCAGUUCUGUUUGUGUUUCCAGUUGUAAUCCCAGUAUUCCACAUUUCUACAGCAAUUUCCUUCUUUUAAAAUCCUUGUGAAAAAUUUUCAGCAUUUUCGUAAUGAAACAUGUUUUUGUAUGCAGUUCUGAUUCACGUACAAAUUUAUACAAGCAAUUUCUCCUAAUCUGAUGCAUUUUUGUAUGUUAUUUUUCAGGACCCACCCUUUUUAUUCCAUUUUAUUGUAAUAAGUUUUUUAAAGUUAUAGUCCUUACAUGUUAUUUUUAACAUUGUGUUUUAGAUUGUAGUAACCUGCCCUAGGAACUUAUGGUGAAGGGUGCGUAAUAAAUGUGUUGUUAAUAAUAUUAGUUCAUUUUUAUGCAUAACUUCCCCCUAAAAUAGGCCUUUUUGUGAACAUUUAAUUUGGUUGGAGAACUGCGUCAUAAAAUUCAUAUACAGUGGUACCUCGGGUUACAUACACUUCAGGUUACAGACUCCGCUAAUCCAGAAAUAGUACCUCGGGUUAAGAAUUUUGCUUCAGGAUGAGAACAGAAAUCGUGCUCCGGCGGCACAGCGGCAGUGGGAGGCCCCAUUAGCUAAAGUGGUACCUCAGGUUAAGAACAGUUUCAGGUUAAGAAAAGACCUCCAGAACGAAUUAAGUACAUAACCCAAGGUAUCACUGUAAGUGUGAAUUUCGAAGGAUAGUUGUGUUUUAGAUCUCAGAUUGGAAAGUGGAUUUGGUAUAUUUCGCUUUAAACGAGAACCAAAAUGAUUCCCACCCCCAUCUCUAUUUGCCUAUAGCUACCCUGAAUAUUUGGACUUGGUCCUAAAUAAUUUUAUUUCUCUUUUCUCUUGCUCUUGAAGGGAAAGCAGAGGCAUAUUUGGAAGCCAUCAGAAAGAACAUAGAAUGGCUAAAGAAGCACAACAAGCAAGGAAAGAAAGAAGGUAGGGUGGGAGAAACUCUUUUGUGAUUUUGAGCCCGGGGCAACCGCCCGUGUGCAUACCUCACACUAUGCCACUGACUCUAUGGGAUGAUUUGCUGGCAUAAAUAAGAAACAUUCCUUUCAAGAAAGGAAAUUAAGGUUGUUCUCUACCUACAUUUGCACAACGGAAAUUAUGUACCAUGUUAUUUACAUAUAUAUCACACACACAUUGAUAUUCAGUUUUAUACAUUUCAAUAAUUUUACAUUCAUUUUAACAUUUCAGAACUUGACUUCCUUCCCCCUAUUUCUAUGGUUCCAUAAAUUUAUUUUUUAAUAUUUUCUGCAUAUCCAAAUUAACUUAAUUUGCUCAUUUAUUCAUCUACUUUAAAUAUAUAUUCUUAUAAAACUGCAGGUUAUUACAAUAACCCUGCCAAUGUUCUUAUCUGUUGACAGUUUGUUUGUAAAUAUUCCAUAAACCAUUUCCAUUCUUUUAUAAAAAGUUUGUUAUCUUGAUUUCAUGGUGGGUUUUUUUAAUUAUAUGCAGGUAGACAAAUGGUUUAAUUUAAAGAAAAAUAAAGAAAAUUAUCUCAUGCAUUGAUAGUGUCGUCCUAGGCAUGCCUGCUCUGAGCUAGGCUCCCUUGAGUUCAAUAAGGCUUACUCCAGGUGAAUAUGUAUAUAGGAUUGGACUGGAGGCUGGUUUAUCAGUUUAUUUUCCCACCAAGCUCAGCAGGUCCCACCUGCCUGAGUUCUGGCUUACAACCAAUCAGGGGAGAGGCUCUGCCUGUCAUUGACUCCAGCUCCACCUACCGUUUGGUCUCCCUCCCUUCUGCCCUACCAGACCCAAUGGGAACCAGCUGUUGCUGUAACAUUGCACCCUAAAUAACUCUCAUUUCAAGGUACUGGGCUGCCAGCAUUUAGAUUUGUGCUGUUUUUGCUGUUUUGCAUUUGCCUGCAGACUUAGGUCUCCGUGCCCCACAAACAUUUGACCACAGAUCAUUAAUCGUUCCAUUAAACGAAACCGGGACAAAAUGAAAUUAAAGACUUGAGCACACAAUUCUGAGAAUGAAGUGUGUUAUAUUUGUAUGGGAUGCUAGUGUAGAUUCGUAUAGUGUUAACGGAAGAAAAUCUGAAAGGAGACUCUAUGAAGGGGGAAAGGGGAGAGCGAUAUGAGAUGGCACAGCAAGUACAAACUUGGCAAUGGUAUUUGAAUUAUUAAUCUGAAAAGCUCUGCGAUCGCGCCUGGGGAAAUGGUACAACAGUGUUCCUUAGGCAUCAGUGUUAAUUGAGACAGCAGAUGGGAAGAUAUUGCUGUUUUUUUGUUAAUGUGCCCAUUACGAUACUUUUCCACCGAACUUAACAGAGAUAAGCGACAUGCUUUGUCUGUUAAUUAUUAGAGUGCCGUGAAACAUAUUUACCAAAUUAGCCGUAAUCUGCAAAUUUGCAAAGACCUUAUUCCACAUAUAUUUGCCCCUGUCAUCUGGAAUGUUGGGCCGAAUGCUGCAAUGAAUGUGAACUAAGUGACAGGGAGGCCUUUUUCACAUUCAGUUCAGACAAAUGAACUGAGCAAUUAUCCGUUUUCUCUAAACGUGAUGGCUUGGUCAUUAUCUUUUGUGUUUGCAGAUAUUUUCACAGUACGCUGAUCUGAAUAUACAAAUUGAAGGAGAGUCCUGCCAAUUUCUAGGCUGGAAAUUAAUGUAGGGUUACAUCCCACAUGCUGCAUUUACCUGUCAUGGGAAGCCAGACUGUGGCUUACAGAGACUGUGCAGGUGUGCUCUGAAGAGGCGUUUGCAGGGCCAGAUUUAGGUUUGAUGAAGCCCUAAGCUACUGAAGGUAAUGGGGCCCUUUAUAUGUCCAGCUGUCCUUUGUCAACAACAAAUUGUCACUGUUUUUGUGUUGAAUAUAUCCUGUAUAUAAACCACAUAUAUCUAAACCACAGAGCCUAGGACUUGCUGAUCAGAAGGUUGGUGGUUCGAAUCCCCACGACGGGGUGAGCUCCUGUUGCUCAGUCCCUGCUCCUGCCAACCUAGCAGUUCAAAAGCACGUCAAAGUGCAAGUAGAUAAAUAGGUACCACUCCAGCGGGAAGGUAAACAGCGUUUCCGUGCACUGCUCUGGUUCGCCAGAAGCGGCUUAGUCAUGCUGGCCACAUGACCCAGAAAAACUGUCUGCGAACAAACACCGGCUCCCUCGGCCUAUAGAGCGAGAUGAGCUCCACAACCCCAGAGUCAUCCACGACUGGACCUAACAGUCAGGGGUACCUUUACCUUUACCUAUAUGCUAUAUGGUAAUUUAUGGACCUAAUAGGUAUCUAAAGCCAUUUGCACAUGCAGAAUGUAGGCACCCUAUAUAUAGAAAUGAGCAAACCAGUGAUAUUUUAGGUAGCAGGCUAGCAGGAGGGUCCCAUGACUUACAUCAUAGGAGCCUACAAAACACAAAACACUGUUGCUGUAUAUAGGUUUUAUUUUGUUUUUUAUCUUAUGUUUUGGAAAUGUACAUCCAGCUUUUUUCCCUUUAAUUUUUUUGGGGCCCCCAAGAGAGUGGGGCCCUAAACUAUAGCUUGUUUAGCUUAUACAUAAAUCCGGCACUGCCUCUUCUGCUCCCCAGCCCUUUCAGCAGAAUACAUCACAACCUCUAAGUCCAGGUUUGACUUAGUGUGUCACCUGAACCCGGGAUCCUGAAUAAAGUCUCUAUCCCUCGACCAUCGGGCAAAAUUAGGCUACAGGGUGUGGUUAAGGAGUUGAGGCUUAACCACCAUCUCAGGUUUGGACCACAGUUGAAGUUUGGCUUCGCUGCCACACUAUGCUGUGCUAAAAGAACUGGGGACUUCUAAAGGCGCUAGGAAACCUUCGCAAAAACUUUUUUAAACCCCCCCUUGGCAAUGAAAAUGUUAUGUUUACUGGGAGAACCUGACUCAGAGGAGGCUUGCUGCAUGAAUCCUUUCUUGUGUUCCAGAUUACGAUCUUUCUAAACUGCGGGACUUCAUUGACCAGCAAGCCGACGCUUACGUGGACAAGGGCAUCCUGGAUAAAGAAGAGGCAGACGUGAUCAAACGUAUCUAUGGCAGCCUGUAA